AUGACACCUUUGUAUAUAUUUCCUUUGGUAUAAAGAAAAAACUAAAAAAACAUCCUAGGAUAAUAGGGUGUAGCCACUAUUAUCAGUAAUUUAAUGGGUACCUGUAAGCAACGAUAAACCAUUGCUAAUGAAAAACGAUUCUGAGCAGAGUUCAGUUAAUAGUGAUGCUUUGUCAACAAUAUACAAUUUGUCUUAUUAUAGGAAAAUAAUUGAAUAGGCUUUAUAUAUUUUUUUUUAAAAUAUUUGUUUAAUAUUGUACAGAUUUUCCCGGUUUUCCCAUAUUUUUUCUCGGUUUUUCACAUUUGCUGAAGAAACUUUAGGAAAAAUCGAAGAAUGACUUCCCUAAACUACCUUUCUAGUCGAAUUUCCUUUUAGAAAAAUUACACUAUUAAGUAUUAAUAUUACAACAAUUAUCAUAAAUGGAAAAAAACGAAUAGUGCAUGGAAUCUACGUGACUAUAUUAUGGUAUAAUAAGUUAUAUUAUGAGAACAGACAGUUUAUUUCCGAACUUUUCUAAUAAUUGUCGAAUUAUAUUAUACUUACAUAUACUUACUAUACUUAUAAAACUUACUUAUAUUAUAUUAUUGUUGCAUUUGAGGUGUAGAAAUAACUCCUGAAGUUUGACACAAUUAUUGUGCAAUAACCUGUAGAGGUACCUAUUGUUCUCCAAACCACGAUUUUAUCUUAUCGACUAUUGCUCAUUUAUUUUGGAAAACCCCGAUUGUUUUUUGGUGUGUCGAUUAUUUAUAAAUUAUGAUGUACCUAUGUACUCCGUGUAUCUAUAGUAGAAAAAAAUAUCUAGGGUCCCGGGCAGUGAUCGCUGCCUAGCUGCCUUGACCAGACCGACACUGGGUUUUUUUUCAAUGAAGACCGUUUUUUUUCUAAUCCUGUUUUCUUUUGAUAAAACGUUUGACUCCGAGCUUGUGUGACUAGACGUAGGUGUAUACUACGACAUCGUGUUCAUUAAUCUUUAUGAGUACACCUGCAUGCAAUAUUUGGAAAUCUUCUCACAAAUAUUGUAUACAACAAACCGAACUACGGUCAGUUUAUGGUUUUUUGAACGCGUGCGUCCAUUUAUCAUUAAGAAUUACAAAACAGUAGUACCUACUGUGAAGAUAUUAUAUUAUGAUAGUUCACACUGCUGAGUUGAACAGAGCAAAAAUAUCGGACAGUUCAUAAAGCUACAAAAUUUACAAUCUCUAAAACCCUAAAUUAAAAAACAGUAUUCAAAAUCUACGGGUUUUUAAAGAGUUUUUUCUUCAUAAUUGCAAUUUAAACGCUUAUAAAAGAAAAAAGGCUGUCAGGUAAUUUCAUGUAUGUGUGUGUACGUAACGAUAAACUAUAAUUUUCAAAAUUGUGAGUGGAGUAUUUUUGGUUGUAUUUCUUUAUGUUGUUAAAGAAACAAAAUUUACACUACAAUAACCAGUUUAUUCCAUUCAUAAAAAUUCUGAGCAGUGUAUUAUUAUUAGUUAUUUUUUUAAUUAUUUAGUUAUGCACUUGGGUUUUUUGUUGUUAUUAAUUUAAAAAUGAUUGUAAGACCUAUAUUUUUCACGAAAUACUUAUAUUUGCUCUUUUUAAACGUGGUAGAAUUGUCUAACUAUUUUUAGGCUAUUUAUAGGUAUAUGAUAUUUUCGUGUUUUUAUGUGUAUUUUUAUUUGGUAUGUAUCAGUUAUUAAAAUUAUGUGACUUUUAGAAAUGCUUGAAAAUUUAACACAAGGUACAUUAUAAGUUAUACUUAGUGGUCUGAAAAACAAAUGUGAGUUUAAUGCAUUAGUUUAUUUUUUCAUAAGCUUUUUAAGAUAAAAUAUUAAUGAAAAUUAUGGCAUUUCAAAAUAUAGCUUACCAAACUUUCUCCUUCCAAAUCGUUAUUCGUUAGCAAUGGUUUAUUGUUGAGUACAUAUAUAAAUUAAGUAACUUUAUGUAUCCUACUUUUCCAACUUCUUACCUAUAGCAGUGGCUGCGCCCAUAUCAGCUAUUUUAUUUUUUUUCCAACUAAAAUAUUCUAGCAAAAUAAUUUAAUCAACAUAUAUAAAAAAAUCUCGGACGUUUCCAGUAUCUUUAAAAACCGAUGACAGUAUACAUUCUUGGUUUUCCCUCCCUUCUAGGGAAAAUUCAAGUGAUAUCAAAAGAUAACUCUCUCUAAACACUCAUCGUUAUACAAGCGAAAUUCUAUUAUAGUAAAUUACUAUGAUGUUUUUAAUUAAAACGAAUCUAUACUGGUUGAAAGGUUAUUCACUUCAAUAGUAAAAUGCACAACCUAGAUAUAUAAAAGCACUGCUCGGUAUUUAUAAUAAUUAUUACUGUCGACUGCGUUUGUCUGAAAUUCCGUUUUUUUUUUUCAAAAUACUCGUAGUUGUAUUUUUUAAUUAUUAUUAUUUUUUGUGAGUGUGAUUCUUAUUCCUAAUUUUUCGUCUACAGGUCCGAUCGCAUUGUACCUAUCCGUGUCAAUGUGCCAACCGGGAUCCAGUUUGCGAACCGGGAGUACCGCACACCCGAGACGGAUGUGGUUGUUGUCCGGUGUGCGCGCGACAGGACGGGGACCCCUGCGACGGGAUCGCCGUGUGCGACCAGAGAAAGGGAUUAGUGUGCCAGUACGACGACUACUACAGUCCUGCGGGCAUAUGCAGAGGUAGGUGUUGUUUUAUACAAUUUUGUUCCUAUAGGAUAGUUGCGUAUACUCUUAAAUAGUUAAAUGAAAAAAAAUACAAAUGUCGUCAUGAUUUGGGCUCGGAAGUUACAGGAGCUAAAAAAGAUAAAAUAUGUAUGCAAAUAUGCAUGAAAAAUGUUAAAUAUGCAAAAAAUGUAAUAAAUGUGUGAAAAAUUAUUCAAUUUAUUCUUCAAAAAUACAUAAUGUCAUUAAUAAUGAUUAAUAUGCAUAAAAAUGAUAAAUAUUAAAUACGAAUCGCACUAUUGUCGUUAAAUUAAUAAUAAACUGAGACGGUAAGAAAUAACAAAAAAUAACUACGUUAAAUAAUAUUGAGUUUUAAAUUUAAUAUUAUUUAAAAUCGACGAAAUAUGCACUUUUUCUCUAAAAUUAACUAAAUAUGCAAAAUAUGCAUUUUUAAAUGUUCAAUUUUUAAACUCUCUAUCAUAUAGAAAAUAUUUCUAGCUUGGUCUGCUAUAAAUUUAGUGCAUACAGAAAAAUAUACACUUCCUAUAACUCCCGAGCCCUAGUUAUGAUAUUUUUUUAUCAUUGUCCAUUCAAAUCACUUACGCCACUAAAACCGAAAAUAAUAGUAAAAUGCAAAUUGUAUUCAUUUCAAUAAUUUUAACUAAAAAUUUCAAAUUUUUAGUAUGUUUAGCACUUAGUUUUGAGAUUCGUAAUAAACGUAUUAACGUUGGUGAUUAUUUAUUUAUUUAUAUCUAAAAUAUUCUAGAUGAUUAAAUCAGUAUAAAUCAUUCAUCUACAUAGUUCCUCUAGUAAUUAUUUCAUAUUUUCACAUAGGUAAUUUAAAAUAUAUCUUUAUACAACACUGGUGGUGACGACGAUCUCCCAAUUGAAUACAAUUGUUGUGGAGUUCUUUCCGGGCUAUUAUAUAUUUAUUACUGUUAAAAAUAACCAAUUGUACGAAAAGACGUAUCUGUAGAUUAAUAUUAGUUUUUAUUUUUACCUAGGCGUUUUAUAAUUAAGUUUUUCGUGUGUAUUUUCAAAAUAGCUAUAGAUUCACUCUUUUAGAACAAAGUUCUCUCGUGAAUUUUUCAAUUUUUAUUUUUAAGGCAAUUAUUAAUUCCCUUCAAAAGGAAAAAUCGUUUAUUAUAAUAUAUUCCAACGAAAUUGCAAGUAAUAAUAUUUUUCGGUUUAAUGCGUGGACACGUUUUAUAUAUUAUGUAGGUACUUCUUCGGUUUUAAGAAAUUUCUUUUUAUAUAAUAUAAUAUAUUUAUAGUUGUAUGAUUUAUUAAUGUUUUUGACGUACCUGCACCUUCACAGAAGAUAAGAUAUCUUAUGUAAAGCCUUACAAUUUGGCGGGAAAAAAAGUCUUUCAUUAUAAAAUAGAACAUAAAAUAUGAUAUAGGAUGUUGGUUUUAUGUAUCGAGCGUUUUUUAUAUAUUUCCGUUCAACGUGGUAUUCGAACAUAAAAUUACCGCGAUCGUCAUUAUUUGCGUCUCAAAAAUACAAUCGAUAAAGUAACAAUAAUAACACGUAUAUUAUAUUUUUAAUUAUUCGUUGCUAUAAUAUCAAGUUGUCUGAUAUUAUAACAACAUCAGUAAUAAAUUAUUGGCAGAAUUGGCGAACAAAAUAACUUGACCAUAGAAAUAAUUUUAAAUUCCGUGUAGAAUUUAUACGAAAUGACAAAAAAAAUAUCAAACUAAAUAAAAAUGUAUACCAUCCAGUUGAUUACCUAGUCGAUACACUAUGGCGGAUGGAAAUAAAAUCCAAGCACUCAUUCGGUGAACCGGCAUAAUACAUGGCAAAAGAAUUAUUCUAAAAGGAACCAGAAAGGAAUCCAAAGCGUUCUUCUAGCCAUCUAGUAAUGUGUUGAUGAAGUUUUCGUCGUAACGGCAAAAUAUAGCUCCGUAUUUGGAUAAGUAUGUUUAAAAUUUGUGAAUUCCACACGGCAGAAUCAAACGUGAAUAGCAAAUUUGCUGAAAUCACAAUAAGAUCCAACUUCUCGUCUUGUUCGUUUAUUAUUUAACAGUAUUUUCUAAUCUUUAAACAAACAGGAAACAUUCGACAAGUCGCCAUGGGCCCACUUCUAUCGAUUUUAGACCUCUAAAACCUUAUUGGUUCGGUUAAAGUAUACUACAAUAGUGCUCGUGGAGAUAUUAUCGAAUGCUGCGAUAUGCUCUUAUAUUAUUAUAAUAUCACUCGAUAACCACAGUUCCAACGGUUUAAACCCUUUAAUCGUGUCUUUGGGGGAGGGAGAACGUCCAGUUCUGGCCACGUGCCUACCCGUAUUCCGAUUCGGCUCGGUAUUGCCCAUUCUCGUGGUUGGGUUCGGUCGACUAAGUUUUCGUCGCGUCAGUAAUAAUAUUUGCGUUUCCCCCCGGUCACCGCGGAAGUUUGUUAGCAUACGAUUUUCCCCGCCAUUGGUAUUCUAAAGACUUUAUAUAGACCGGAUAACCGCGGCGUGUGGCAUUGUGACAAUAAUGUUCCUGCUUUCUCUUUUGCCGCCUGUCGUAGAUUAGACGAUUAGCGAUUAUAAGAUAUUUCGGUUAUCGUAAAUUUAGUAAACACGGGCGGUUAAGUAUGGCGUGGGUUGAUUUCAUCAUAUGCUCUAUAACAUAGAGUCUAUUAUAUGUCAGUAAUAUAGAAAGUUGCAUGAGGCAUUCUAUUAUUAACUGUAUCAUAAAUACACAUAAGUAGAAAAUGGAACAAUAGGUACUAUUAACUUUUUUCUUCUCAAGAGGUUGUAUUUACAGAACUUUCUCGUACAAAAGUAUUUUUCAUCAUCCGUGUAUCUUGUUUUUUCUCUAACGCUACGCGCAAGUAGGUUUAGCUGCUCGUCCUCCACGUCUCUCCGUAUCCGUUAACAUUUAUUAAUUUUCUCCACUUAUGCUGCUCCUAGACUGCAACAGCCGGUAUUAAACACGCAAAAUAAAAUAUUCACCUCGGCAUUCUCGUUCCCUAUCGCUUCCAUCUUUAUUUCGUUUCUUUUAUAUGACGCCCAACAAUCGCAGUUCCGUACCACGUGCCCGCAGUGCAUUGGCAUGUGGUGUUAUGAAAACGUCCGUCUUUUUUUCUUAUAGCUACGCCCUCCCUUCCGGGUUUAUAAUAAUAACAUGUUAUACACGUGCGCAGUUUACGCGGGACUUCAGCAAGAGUAUUUACGUCAUUCUGAACGGCCGGGUCCACAUUACGCGGUGAUCGUUACGAGCGAUAAAACGUUUUGGGACUUAUUCGGGAGUGACUAUGACGGCGAACGGGAUAACGCGGUUCGUUUUACAUAAUGCACGUUAAAUCCUACGCCGCAGUGGCGUACAGAAGUACGCGCGUAAACACGCGGAUACGCAUUACCGCCGCCGUUGACGGAAACGGGAAACCGCCGGCCGAUAAGAAUUCCCGAAACCAUUUACUACCUACACUGAUAUCUAAUACCGCGUUUCCAUAUUUCAAACGACGCGGCGGUGCGAGAUACUGUUCGCAUCUCGAGUAUAAUAUUAUCGGUCGUAGAUAAUAUUAUAAUCCUUGUACCGUGUCACGCGGUCUGCACGCGACGUGCGAACAAAAAAUUAUCGAAAAUCGCGAAGUUGAAAAUAUUGAAGAAAACGUGUACAUUUGGGGAGGGGGUUUGGAAGAGGGAAGAUGAAAAGUGUUUGGGUGGAAACGAUCCGAUGAAACGAUUCCGUCCACGUGUCGUCUCACGGUCCUGGUGGUGGCAAAACGAUUUCCACUUUGGCGAGCGUUAAAAAAAAAAAAAAAAAAAAAAUGAUUUUUCCUAAAACGUACUUUCGGUCGGAAUCCGCCAUAGUUUUCGUAUUCCUUUUUAUUAUUGUUAUUUAUUUGCUUUUUUUUAUUAUUAUUAUUAUUAUUGCGGUACCGCUAUUUUUCCGUCCGCCCCCCGUAUAACAGCAACAAUAAUAAACCGUAACCGUCGACACGUUCGGUAUUACCGGUGAACGUGACGCCCGGUGUUUAUUAUCGAGACGAAUAACAAACGAAAUGUACACGCACAAGUUUAAUUUUGCGUUUGAUAGUCGGACAGUGGUGAUGGGGUAAGAGCUAUAAAAAUAAGAGUGAUAGGUGAAUUUCUCUCCCGUGAUUUAUUUUUCCAAUUUCAUUUUUAUUUCCUUAUUACUCUUGUGAAAUGUAUAACUAAGAAUAAUAAUAAUUAGUGCACUUUGAUAUGGACUUUAAUAGUUUAUUUUUUCAGUUGUAACUUACGGUUUACGGCGAAAUACACCGCUCUUCACCCCGACUGAUGAGACAAAAAUAAAACGGUCCAAAAUAUUGAUAUCCAGGUAUACCAACUUCAAAACACAAAAUUCUCGUCCAAAUUAUAAUCCCACUAUAAUAACUCCAAGGAAGUUGAUAUCCUAAAUGUAAAUUUAAAACAUGGAACCUUUAGUGGUCGAAAAUUCACGUCGUGUUCAUCUCAUUUUAAAGUAGAAUCGUGUCAGUCGUGGUCCGUGAAUAUCAUUUGUCGGCAUUAAAUUCGUUAGCCAAUAGUGAAUUCUAAGUACAAUAGUUGGUAAUUUAUUUAUUUUAUGAGCUUAUGUUUUUUAUUGCUCAAGGAAAAGUGACAUUUACCCAUUUUACAGCUGAUUAUUCAACAAAAAAAAAAAGUUUUGAGUGAGUUUAUUUGUAGGCAUUUGUAGGCAUUUUGAAAAAAUAAACUAUUUUCUAUACCACCCCGACGAACCGUUUCUUUAUUUCGGCUUGUUAAUCACCGAAUUUGUGUUAAUAUAAUAUUAUGACGGUAGGUACCUAACCCGAGACGUUUUAACCCCAAGAGCGUUUCGUCCUCGGGAUGUCGCUCGCAACCGACGUCACUAAUGCGUGAACAAAAUUAUUCCAAAUCGAAAUCGAACUAUAUGCGUUUCCGUAGACUUUUGCCCGUCAAAGAAGACCGUCGCGUUUUAUAUUAUAAUAUCACGGUGUUUAACAAACGAUGACGGACAGAAAAAUGUCGAGUCGGUCACGCUGUGUAUAGUAUACUUACGGCCCGAUUCGACGGUUUUCGAAAUACGACGGUAACCGCGUCGGUGGUAAGAGUGCGGUCGGCAUUUAUAAUAUAAUUUACGUUGGAACGGUCUCUCAUAGAUCGGCAGCGGCGGCGGCGGAGAUGAAUCGACGGGAGACUCGCGCUCGUUCGCGAGGAAUGGGAACGCGACCACUCCGAAUCGGGAUUUAGGACGUACCUAUUAGCCACCGCCGACGGGAACGGGGUGUGACGCCAGUACUACGCGUGUAUAGUGCGUGCGUAGCAAAAUUGGCACGGUUUUGGCCGGGGGAUCGGCGGGAGACGGAACGGGAACGAUUGCAGGCGCUGCGGGGUAUUCGAGGCGUUAAGAAACGGGAACGCCGCCGCCGAUAAUAAUAAUUAAUCUCAAGACGUCCGGACCAGAGGACCGUUAUCAAUCAACAGUCGGCGGCGGCGGAGAAAAGAUUUCAUUGCUGACACACACACACACACACACACACACACAAACACACGUACAUGUACAAGCACACGUGCGCUCGCGGAUAGGGUUUUCCUCUAUGCCGUCCGAUCAGAGGAGGUUGUGCAGGCGCAUCGCCGACGAAUGCCCGCGAAUUAAUGGAUAGGUCUCUGGGGCAACAGCCGUCUUUCCCGGCCCGCUGCCGUUUUCCCGGACAGACGGACACGGAAACGACGUAUGUGAGAAAAUAGCCUCGUCCCCUACCCAAGAGUAUAUACAAUGAAUAUACGAAUUGGGCGUUUUGAUCGUGUACAUAUAUAACUGUACGCACAGGCGUGUGUGACGAGAUACGUUUUGGCGGUCCGGAGGCAAUACGAUAAGGAAAAAUGAAAAAAAUAAAAAAAAAGAAGUUUAAAAGGAGAAAAUAUACUCUCAUAAACGAUACGUCUCAGAAACGGAUUGACGGAUUUUACCAUCGUCUUUGUCCCUAACGUCGUCGUCCUCUUUCGCAAUGCACAGUGUAAUACGUGUAUCGAUGAUAUUAGAUCGAUUAUCUACCAAGGUUAUAUUAUGCAGUCGAUAAUACGUGAAAAAAUUAAUAUGCAGUAAAUAACCGUAUAGUUGAUACGUAUUAUCGUGCAGGUAUGUAUUAUACAUUUCGAAUAUCGAAAUGUCAGGUCAAAUAUUAAAAUAUACUCAGUCGACAAUAAAUACAUAAAAAACUAAAAAAAAGAAAAAAAACGUCUGAGAAAAUACCCUGUAGAGCCCCCCUCAAGUACGCCACUCGAGUGGAGAUGAUAAAAGAGACGAAAAAAAAAUUCAACGACAGAGAAAUAAAAAGCACAACUCCAUUUAGUCAGGUCGAUGCGAAAACCGAUUAACGAACUACCGCGGUCGUACUUAGAACCCCCGUUGUCACCAAUCUCGUUUGUACGUCCGUUAUACUGACAAUGGCGGUGGACGUGUUCGUGUAAUAGUUUCACGAAGGACGCCGUAUAUCGUCUGAAAGUACUUUUACCUUUCCGCAAAUAUACGUUUUCAACGAAUAUAGAAACGGACAAAUAAAAAUAUGUUAUUUUCAAUUCGAUUAGUUUAAAUCUCUUUUUGAUUUUAUGUGGAUAAAAUCAUUUUGGCUGAGUACAAAUAUUUAAAAGUUUUACUGGAAGUUUACCAUAAGAUGAGUUUAAAAAAAAAUUGAGUGUAAUGUACAUCAAUAAUUUUUAUACACAUUUUAAGUUCAAAUUUUUACAAAAACCGUAAAAAUCACGUCAUUUAAAAACGUGUACAACCACACUUUACUCAUAAUUGUAUUUCGAUAGCAAGGAUUAAUUGCAUACAGAUAUAUAAAUUAAACAACUCUAUGUAUACGAAAUAAUAUGGCCUAACGUACCACAUUCAAUAUAAAAGCAAGGUGACUCAUCAGCAGUAGUAUUUUUUUUUUAGUAAUACUUGGACGGAAUUUAUUUAUCUUAUUGAUUUCGCAUCGACGGGUUUCUUUGCACUCACUUUUUCGGUAUUUGUUUUUGUAAAAUCGAUUUAAUGCACCGAACCUGACGCGGGGACUCUACAAAGCUUUUUUCUCCCGCGCGUCAACGUUUUCGAACAUAGACAAAAACUGUUAAAAAUUUAGCUAUAAAUAAACAGAAACUGCAAACCGAUCAACGUUUAUCGAGUUAUAAAGAUAAACUUGUAGAGAUAUAUUUAAUAGACUCUAUCUAAAAUUCAAAUAUAUUCACCCGAUUUUCACUGCACUGAAGACCUGGUCUGACAACGUCAAACCACUAUAAUAUUAUAUUAUGUGAUUCGAUAAUAUAUUUUAUGACACGAUUUUUGGGUAUAUUUUCAUAUAGGUAGGUUAUUUUUUUAACCGUUGUUUACAAUCGAAUUUCAUGUAUGAUAUAUAAAUAUUACUCGACGGGUGCAUUUUUUUUUAUUAAGUUGUUUUUUUUAAUAGGAUACACUACAUUGUCUAUAUAAGUAGGAUAGGUAAUCAAUUUUCAACAAAAUUAAUCCAAAAUAUAAACAAUUUAUAUUCACUAAAUUUUUUGAAAAGUGAUUGCAUUUUUCCCCAUCGCCAGGAGUAAAAAAAAUAUGAAUUGUAUUUUGCACCAGAAUUUUUAUCAAUAAUAGGUUCAUACAUAUUCUCAUUGUACAGUAUAAGAUAUUUGAAGUUAUGGAAUAUUUCUAAAUUAAGUCAAUUUAGGACUCAGAGCACAAUGAGGAAUGUAUUUGAUUUACUAUGAUAUAUUUUUUUCUUCUGGUAACUACUUUUAUACCAGCAUCUUGUUCCAGAUUUUAAGUAUAGCAUCUUUUCUGAAGGAAACAUGUCUAAUACCAACUUCACACCUAUAAUAGUGACACACCCAUCUGCUUUUAUUUUUCGGUUAAAGAAGUUAAAUGUUACAGUAACCCAAAUAAACUUCCAUACUCCACACUUACCCCCUACACUCGAAGUAAAUUAUAUAUUUAAUUUUACAAUUAAAAGUAUAAAACUAAAAGUCCUCAUAAUAAUAAAACCAGUAAAUUACUGGAUACGCUCAGAAUAUGGAAACUAUCAGAUUUUUAGUUUGACCUCUUGACUUUAGGUCUGGGUUAUUUAUCUGGAAUAUUUAACGACGAAAUCCUUAUCUGUAAAGAAGUAUGUACAAAAGUUCAAGGGCUAUAAUUUGUUGGAAGGUAUUUUGUCAGAAAUGGGUUUUUUGGAAACGUAUUUUGUCGGAACCGUAUUUUAUCGGAAAUAUAAUUCGUUGGAAAAUAUUUUGUCUAAAAAAUAUUACGUCAGAAAGUUUUUUUUCAGAAAAAUAAUUCGUCGGAACAGUAUUUUGUUGGGAAAAUAUUUCAUCGGAAAGUAUUUUGUCGGUACUGUUCAUAAUAUAAUAUAAUUUCAUCAUAACGGCAACAUCAACAAAUGCAUGUUAUCGCCGUUGGGUAAAAAUUAUUUUCCGACAACAUAUUGUCUGACGAAUUCUUUUUCCAAAAAAAAUACUUGCCGAUAAAAUAUUUUCCAAUGUUUUACGCGCCCCUAAAGUCAUAUGAACCGUCUUUUGACAUAUUUUUUACCUAGUUCCAAAAGCAAAAUUUUAAUUUUAUAUUAAUAGGUAACAAUUUCAAUUAACUGUUUUGGUACAAAAAAUACAGUCGCCAGAGACGUUUAUAACAAAAUCAUUCCCAUAGGUUAAUUUAAGAAAAUUGUAGCUACAUUAAAAACCUAUGAAUAUAUGAAAUAGAAUGGGGAGGUCAUUGUUUCCGAGGCGUUUUGGUAUCAGAUCCGUGUCCGGGAUUUCUUCAUUGGAGAGUUAACAAAAAAAAGAGACAUACUUCGUACAUGAAUGGGCCGCUGUUGUUAAUUAAAAGUUGGGAAGGUAGAAGGAAAAUUUGAUGUAUAUCUGUUAAUCGCAACGAUUAAUUAUUACUAACGAAAAACGAUUCUGAGUGGAGUUCGGUUAAUAGUGUUGCUUUGUCAACAAUAUACAUAUUAUAAUGCAUUAUAAUUAUUAUAUUUUCUUUAUAAUAUUUGUUUAAUAUUGUACCUAUUUUCCCGGUUUUCCUGCGUUUUCUUUCCAGGAAAAUCAAAAAACGACCUUCCUAAAGUACCACCCUAGUCAUACUUCCUUUCAGAAAAAGUACUAUUUUUGUAAAUCAGAGUAAAAUCGCUAGUAUAAAAGUUGUUCACGGGUAAAAAAAUAAUAAUUAUAAUAAUAAUAAACAUCAUUGUAAAACCAAUACAUUCCUCGCUCUGCUCAAAAUCUAAAAUGUAUAAAAUAAAUACAUCAAUAAUUCGUAAGAUCAAAAAAGUCAACAACAAAAAUUAUAAUGUUUCAAUCGCAUGCGUGGGAACGCAAACAAUUAUUAUUAUUAUGACGGAAAAAAUGUAAAAUAUCACACGACGAAAAAUAUUUUAUUGCACGCACGUUCACGAGCGCAUAAUAUAAUAUAAUAGACUUAGCCGCGCGUUACAUUCGUUUAAUCCACUGCAAUGCGCUGCGACGCAUGGUUAUUCGUGGUUGAAUUCAACGCAUAUAAAUAUAUAUAUAUAUAUAUUUAUACAUUAUACGCGAAUACAACAUAAUAAUAAUAUAAUAUAUGGAAUAAAAAUUAUGGUCGGUUUCCAUAAAGGUAAUUGGGUUGUUUCGGGACGCUGCGAACGCGUUUAAUUUAGAUUUCUCGGGGCACGGGCGUUUAUGAAAUGUAAUUAAUAGUAAUAAACGAAAAUAAACGAUUAACCGUUACGACUUUGCGAUCCCGGGAAUUUCCAAUGGAAAAGGGGAUGUAUAGUAAAUAGUAAUUAUGAUUAUCGUGCAUAAAUCGUGCAAAAUCUUCUUAUAUUUUAAGACGGUUCGGGAACUUUAAUUUAUAUAUUUUUUUCUACUUGACAUUUAAAUCUAGCAGUGCUGAAAUUUACAUCAUGUUACAACGAGUUAAAAUAUGAAUUUUAAAAGUGGCUUUUUUGGAAGUUAAAAAAAAUAUGCCUUUUAUUUUUGCAUAAUUUCUACUUUGUGAUUGCAUAGCCUGUGGGAAAAACCAGACUCCCCAGGCCCUAUAAUUUUUAUCUGACUUCACCUUAUUGUAUUCCAUUGCAGUUUUUUUGUUCAUUUUAAGUGAUACAAGUUUCGAACGCUAACAUCCUAACCUGACAAUAAUGAACAUUUAAAAGCCAGAUCCAAAAAAAGUAAAUUUCACAAAAUACAAGGUUUUUUUUAAUUUUUAAGAAACAAUUACUAACUAACUAACUAACACUCAUAUAGUUGUAUUUUAAAGUCAAUAUCAGAUGAAUUAUAAUUCCUAUUUUCCCUGCCCCUCUUCGUACGUCACUGGUGACAAUAAUAUAUAUUUACUACACGGUUUUAAUUUUUUUUUUUUAAUGAUUUUUUCUCGUUAAACAAACUUUUUAAUCUAUAACGAAUAUAUUAUAUUAUAAUAUCCUAUCAAAACUGUACAUGCAAAAAAUCGAAAAUUUUAUUGAAAACAAUAAAAUUGCAAAUACCUAUAAAAUAAGAAGAACCCAAAGUGUUAGUAUUAUCUAUGUUGGCUAUUAGGAUCAUUAUGCUUAAUGAUAUAAAUAUAAUUUAAAUGGUUUAAUUUUUAAUUUUUAUCUAUAAGAAAAUGUAUGAAAUGAUAACCCAAAAUAAUACUUUUUAUAAUAAUUUUUUUUGUUUUUGUUAUUUUAAAUAAAUUAAUACAAUUAUAAUUGUCUUAUUUCUUAUUUUUACUUAUAUAAUUACAAUUUUUUUUUCAAUUUAAGUUGUCAUUGGUUACCAGUUAGUUUGCAAACCAAUUUCAUUAUCAUUAUUAAUAAGGCAAGCAAAUCUCGUUUUAAAUGAGCCAUUGGUUUAUUUUACGCGUAGUGCCGAGGCCAUGUAUUUUUUGAUGUUUUGAUAUUAUGCCUACCACUGUGAAACAAAUAACAAUAAUGAGUAUUAAUGACGAUUUGGGAAAUAUCAAUAUAGGUAACGAAUAACAAUACUUUAAUACCCGUUCUUAGAAGCUAAACAAAAAAGCCCAUGGACAAAUCUGAACGUGGUUUGUAAUAUAUUAUGUCAUAUCAAUUUGUAAUAUGCAUAUGUAUUUACAAUAUACAUGGCGACGUUGCAUUUAAAAUCAUAUAGAAUCGUGUAUAUAUAUAUAUAAGAAAAAUACGUAAUCGUAGCUAUUAAUUUCAAUGAGAGCUAUUAAAAUCUACACCGAAAAUUAGAAAUUAAACUAAUUUUACUGAGAGAGUGAUUCAAAAAUUCAAUUGAAUUUUAAGCGAAAUUUUUAAAUUUUUAAAAUACCAACUUAUCUCAAAAAAUCACAAAAUUAGGUCUCCGGGUAAUAUCACAAAAAUACAUAAGUACUAUGCAAAAUAUUCAUGAAUUUUACAAGUCGCGUUAAAUUAAAAAUCCAAACACGUAUAACAAAAAAAAAAACAGAUAUACUUCAAACGAUGGGUGGGCUAAAGGUACAGGGGAAAUUUGAUGUAUAUAAUAUGCAAGAAUUAAUCAUUGCCAAUUAAAAAUGAUUCUGAGCGGAGUUGAGUUUUACAUGUUUUGAAAGGUUGUAAUAUUUACGAUUUGGAUAUAAUAAAUUUCGUAAAUUUUCCCGUUUUUCCCGAUUUUUCCCAUUUAUUAUGAAAACCCCUAUAAAAUCAAAAAAUGACUUCAUGUACCAAUCCAGUCAAAUUUCCUUUCAAAAAAAGUGCUACACUUGAAAAUCGAAGCAAAAUUUCUUCUGGUAGAAAAGUUGUUCACAGGAAAAAAAAAAUUAAAAUUAACAUCAUUAUAAAACUAAUACAUUCCUCGCUCUACUAAGAUUCUUAAUUAGCAAAAUUAAGCAUUAUUUUUUCCCAAUAAGAUCUACUCACGAUGAUUAUAACAAAAUGCUCGAGCUUAACCGAAACAAGUUGGAUUUUUUGAUUGAAACUAUAAAUUGAUUCAUAUUAUUAAUAAUAAGUUCUACACGAAUUCGUUAAUUUUAAGAAAACUUCGAAUCGGUUUCGGUUUGAAAACUGGUGGUGGUUAUAUUGCAAUGUUAUCACUUACAGUUAAGAGUCGCAAACUGCACAAUUUCGUGGCGAAUGAAAUAAAUUACCAUAACACAGCGCCGGAAUGUGUAGGAAACGGUCGGUAUAAUAAAAAUAAUAAUAGUAAUAACCGUGAAACCGUUUACAGACGAGUGUGAUUUUUUUUUGCAAAAUUAGAAACGUCCGGAAGGAAACGCUCUCGGGCCAUGGUCCGCAGAAGAGAAUUUGAUUAAAUUACACGGAUUUAAAUCAAAUAUACGAAUGCACAUUAAUUAUACGUCGGAAUAGACGUUUCGUCGGUCGAGUAUUUACGCAAAGGCGGCGGCGUACAUACAAUAGUCGCGUUCUCGGCGCAUCUAGCAGCAUUUUGGCUCCUUGUUAUGUAAAUUUUCAGACUUUCCGUUUAAGUAAAACUCCGCGGAAUAACUUACUUGGGUAGUAGAGAAAAAUUCGAAUCGCCCCGAGGUCGUCUUGUAUAAAAUAAUAAUAAUAAUAAUAUAUACACAAUGCACAAUCGAGUCGGGGAAAAAAAUUACGGGGCUCUUGCGAAAAAGUUUUAUCGGCAUGUAUAUAAUGUUAUGUAGAAAGAAACAUUAGAGUAAUAAAAUUUAAUCAAGAAGUAAAAAGCAUUCCGUUCUAAUUCAAUUAGAUGCGUACAAAAUUUAAUUUAAAACAAUAAUAUAAAAACACUAAUAAUUCUAUUGUUAAAAUAUUUUCAUGUCACUCGAUUGAAAUAAUAAAUUGCCGCACAUAGAUAUUUUAUACCGUGAACUUAAAAUACUGUUGUAAAUGACAAGUUAGAAAGAUUUACGAUGUUUUAUCGGACAAUUUGAUUUCAUCAUUACAAUUAAAAAACGAUUCUAAAAAAGCUCUCCAACGAGGUAAAAUUAUAGUAUUAGUCAUGAUUUUUUUUAAUUUUGUAACUAAAAUAACCCUUUAAAAAAUGAAAUUAAAAAAAAACCUUAAAAAAAAUAAAAACCUAUGAUAUUAUAUUAUAUCGUUGUUAGUUUCUGAAAAAUGUUAAGAAAAUCGAUUAAAAUAUUUCAAAGAAAAUACCGCCGUGGACAAAAAAUCUGAGCAUUUUAUUCACCAAUGCAGAAGUUUAUAUUAUUGUAUAAAUGUUUUAAGUUUAAAUUUUGAGGAAAUAAAAAUUACAGCAUUUCAAAAUAUGCUUUAACUGAACUUAUUAAACCAUCAAUUAUUUAGCGUUUCGUACAGAUCUAAAUUAAAUACAUGUAUGUAACUAAUUCACCCAAAUUCUCACCUACAACAGUCGAAGUUCACACACUCAUUAACAAUAUUCAUUUUUUUAAAUAAAUAAUAUAUCGUUCUUAGUUGAUAAUAGAAUAAAACCUUUUGGGUUUUUUUCAAUAUACAUAAAAAAAGAAAGAAACAAUUUAGAGAAAAAAAAUGUUGAGUUUAGCUAAAAAAUAAAAUACAUAAGUAUAUUUAUAAAAGAUAAAGUGUAUUAUAUCUAACCCGAUUAAAAUGAAUUCCAUGGGUGCAGACAAAAACAAAUAUAAAAUAAUUCGUUAGAAAUCAUUUUUCUCGUACAGUUUUAUGGAAACACGGAUUUGCACAGAUCUUAUUUAAAACCUGUAAACUCGAAACAAAUCCAUAAAAUGCUAUAAUGUUAAUGAGAAUGUGGUGAACUCCCGCUUACAAAAUAUAAAUCGAUUUUUCCGAAACAUUCGGAAGGAGUCCAUAUAUUAUUCCCAAACUCGAAAAUAACAUUAAAAUAUUGUCUUUGAGAUGAAAAUAAAGUUAUAUGUACUUGGUACCGUAGAAAAACCAUUAUUGUAAGUAAAAAUUGUAAAUGAACGAUAAUAGAAAAUAGAUUAUUCAAUUCAAAUUUUGAAUGCCACUAUAAUAAAUAAGUAAAGAUAAAAUUUGAUUUUUAGUAGCGAUUAGUAAAAUACGUAUUUUUAAAUCGAAAUUGAUAUAUAUAUAUUUAUACAUUUUUUGGCAUAAUUAAUUCUGUAUUUAUAAACGUAUUCAACAGGAAAUUUAAAAAAAACACACGUCAUCAUAAAUCUCAUUCCUCUCGGAAUCUUAAAAAAAAAUCAAUGAAAUCUUGUAUAGGCCAAAAUUUAACUGUUGGGUUUAUCACGACGGUGAGUACGAAAAAAAAAUCGUAGUCAAAUGUCAAAACUAUUCAGCCUUCUGGACGAGGAUGACGAUUAUUUAGAGUGGGUGUAAUGAAAGAGAAAUUUCACGACAGCGGAAAAUAAUAUGCUCUCGAGUCUCGAGAAAACUGACGCGGAUAAACUUUCUUUUAUUUAUUUAUUUCUGUUUUUUUUUUUGUCACGAUCGUUUCACAGAUUUGAUAAAUGGACGAGACUUAUGUUAAGGGAACAAACGGCUAUGUACAAGGGGAAGGGGCAAAAAAGAACGAACGUCUUGUGUACAUUAUUAUAAUAAUAUAUACACACGUUUAUUAUUAUUCACGGCAAACUACGCAGAAAAAUGUUCAGGGUAACACCCAAAGAGUGGUUUAUACCUAACGUUUUAUUUUCUGGUUACGGUUAUGAUUAUAGAGUAUUUAUUACUAUUGUUAUUUCUAAACGAAUAAAUAUAAUGGCGAUUAAAAAGUUUGUCCUGAGAAAAGUUCACGUGAUUUCGACGCACGCGAGCAGUAGAAUAUAAUUAUUAUUAUUAUUAUUAUAUAACGAAUAGAAAUUUUAAAAAAGAAAUCCUGUUUACUUGAAAAUAAACGAGAGUCAAAGUUUUUAAUCUACAGGGGAUCAUCGGAAUUUCUUCUAUUAUUGGUACAAUAAAAACGCAGUUUAUUUUAUUUGAUAAUGCAUUUUUUGGUGGUCGAAAAUCGUGUUGAAAACCGGAGACGUAAACAACACGUGUCGAAAAGCAUUGUUUUUAACAAUUGCGAAACGAUAUAUUAUAUAUUUUAUUAUUUUGGACUUAAUUAAAAUUUAAUCGAAAACACAUCGUUAAAAUUUAACAAACAGUGCCAUGUUAUAUAAAAAUGGAAAAUGUAUUUUUAAUUUACUGUUACUUUGCCCUUUGAAGAAUACCGAUCGACCUAUUUUUUACAAUACUUAGGUAUCGUACCUAUUACGUAUAAGGUUAAUAUAAUAUUAUAGUUUUACUUUUACAUUCCUAAAAAUAUAGAUCCCGAAAAAUUGCUCAAGAGAGUAGAAAACGAUUUUUCCUGAUUUUUGAAAAUUAUUUUUACUAUUUAAAAACCAACUUAAUGAUAAAACUUUUCCAAUAAUCUAAUGCCUGCCCGAUACCAAUUUAAACGGGAUUAUGACUGUUUUUACAGACAAAUGUGGCGUUUUAGACCAAUGAGCUGGAGUAAAAUUUACGCGCGACCGCUCAUCCAAUUUUAAUUUUGAAAACAUAUUUAAUUGCUUUGAUUUAUCAAUACUCAAUAGCUAACUAUAGUAGUGUUGUUCUCAAAACAUAUCUCAUUUAAAAUUUCUUAUUUACAAUAUAUAUGAACAUAUUUACUAUACUAAUACAUAAAUUGAUUGAAAUUAUUCAGAAUCAAACGGAGUACCAACAAUCUCUUAAGUUUCUAAAUCCAAUAUUAUCAAAAUAUUCAUUAAAAUCUUUGCAUUUAUACAUUUGUUUUAAUUUCGUUUCUUAUCUGGUUUCUAUAAUUUUGAAAUAAAAAAAUAUAAUAAACAACUAAAGAAAUAAUUUUAUAAUAAUUUAUAUACACAUCCAUGUUCCAAAAGUAUGAUAUUCUUUUCCUCUAUUUACUAAGAGCUACGAAACACUAUAAAACUAUACUAAUACAGAAUACUACAACAAUAAGUAUAAAUUGUAAUCUAACCCCUAACUAAGUCAUUAAAAAAAAAAAAAAAAAACAUUAGAUUUCUUUUCUCAGCUAUCAAACGUGGGAUGAAGGCGUAAUCAUUCUAAGUGUGUUUCUUUUUCGUCAAAAAACUUAAAUUACUAUUAUUUGUCUUUGACAGAACACCCUUUGUUUGUUAAACGAAAGAACGUCCCAAAGGCUGGAAAUUUAACGAACUGUAUAGCAGAGAGUAUACCCGACAUUUUUGCCAAUUUAAAUACAACCAACUGCCGAGUAAGAUAAUGGGUUUUUAUUUUUAACAGGUUAAAUUCAUUCGUCGAACCUUCAUUAAAAUUCAAACAAUUACCUACCAAUUUAAAUUAUUUUAUAGCAUUCCAUCGAUAUAGUUUUAAUGACAUAACAAAAUUAGAGAAUAAUUAUGUUAAGACAAAUAUAAGGUACAUUCGAAUAUAUUAUUGAUAUGAUCACAUGAAUAUAAUAAUCAUAAUAUCGGUAAUAUUGAAUUUAAAUGUACAUAAAGAUCAAUCAACGGAUAACUUAUAUUUCUAAAUUUAUUUGAUAUUUUCUUAUUCUAAUGAACUAGGACCUGAUUGAUAACCUACCGUUUAAUGAAGUGAAAGAAACUUCAUUAGACCACAACUAAAUCAAAUAUAUUAUUCAAGAUGGUUGAUGCCCAUGCCUAAAAUAGAUCAUUUAUAGAUCCAUCCUAUGUUUCCAACUUCCCUUGUAUAACAGUGGCACACCCUUCAACAAUAUUAGUUCUUUCCUUUUGUUUUUAACUUCGUUUUGUGAUUAGUUUAUCCAUAAUAUGAAUAACUAGCUGACCCUGCAGUACUUAGCUAUUUCUAGAUAAAAGUGUAAAUAAUAGUAAUAAUAAUAAUAAUUUUCUUAUCCGUGCCAACCAAAAAGUCAUCCAUGUUACAAAGGUAACCCGUAAGUAAACAAAAAUAGAUAAAUAAACAAUUAGGUACUCGUAACAAACUGACUAAAAACCCUUAUUUUAACCCCUUAGAGAUUUGACUAAUAAUUAUUUAUAUGCAAAAUUUCAGUCCGAUCCGUCCAGUGGUUUGAUCUAGGCAAUGAUAAAUCAGCUAGUCAUUUAAUUCAAAUAUGGUAUUAUUUAUAUAUAUAAAAAAACGAGUCCUGACUGACUGACUGACGAAUUCAUCAUCGCCUAGCCUAAACCACUGGACGGAUUGGGCUAAAAUUUAGUACACAAAUAGCUAUUAUGACGUAGACAUCCACUAAGAAAGGAUUUUUGAAAAUUCAAUCCCUAAGGGGGUCAAAUAUGAGUUUUAGGUAUAUUUGGUGCGAAUAUCCAAUUGCUUAUUUAUUUACUUUUGUUUAUUCACGAGUUACCUUGGUGUUACGGAAAAGAACACUAUUAUAAUUAUUAUUAUUACUAUUAUUUACACUAUUAAAAUUUCACAAUAAAACACAUUUAGUCCACCGAAGGAGGACUACCAACUUCCCACGUAUUUGUUUUCAUUCAAUUCUGGUGCGGCCAAAAUCAAAAAUGAAUAUGAGUAAAAUAAUAAUAAUACAAAUUGGGCACAGGCAACUCCGGGCGCGGGAUAGCUAGUAUAUAAAUAUAUUAAUAGAGAGAUUAACACGAAUUAGAAAUUAUAAUCGUAAUAAAUAUAUAUAUAUAUAUAUAUGUAUUAUAAAUAUAGCGACUUAUUACUGAUAUACGGUGGUACCUAACGGCACACGUGUAUAAUCAUUAUGUAAUCACAUAAUUUAUUUUAAUUACCUAUAUGCCUAAAUAUAUAAAUUAUAUAAAAAAAAAGAACAAUAAUUUUUAAUUAUAAUAAAACGAGAUAUUUAUGUAAUAGCCUCUUAAAUAGUCAUUUCGUUUUUCGAUUUAGUUAAUUUUUUUCUACCCGACUCUCCUUUAAACAAUCGUAAUAUUAUUAUCCACUUUUCCCGCAAGCUGCUGUUUCCCGUAACCCAUAAAAAGCUUCUGGACAUGGUUUGUUUGUUUGUUUGCGUGUUUUUUUUUUUUUAAUUUCAUGACCUUUGUUAUUUUUUAAUAAUUUCCUUGUCGUCCCUGAAACAUUAGUUUUGCGUCCCGAAUUUUCGUCAUCCAUUAGCGAUUUUUUUGUUGUUUUUUUUUUGCCAUUUACUCGACAGACCUAAUCUACGAACAAUGUAAUAUCCGCUGGUGUAUACGUUAUUUUGUACCGAUAAGACGAUUUCAAAGUAAAUGCAAUACAAGUUUAUGGCAGACACGUUGAUUGCACUUUAAUCUCUAAAUGUCAACUGUGCUGAUAAUAUUAAUUAUUUGAUACAACUAUUUGAUAACUUACAAUAUUAUAAUUUACAAUUUUACAUCAUUUUUACGAGUUUAAUCAAAAUGUAAUUCAAACACGUCUUGUAAAAUAAUAAAAGCUGAUACUUCUGAUGAUGAUGAUGGGUGUGAUUUAGGAAAGAACUUGUAAAGGAAGAUGUGUAAAGUACAUUAAUAUAUAUUUAUACGUAGGUAGCAAUAAACCAAUGCUAAUUAAAAACGGUUCUGUUCGGAGUAUAUUAAUGGUAUUUUUUUUAUUGUGACUCAACAAAAAUUAUAAGACAAAAUCCUAAUUUUUUACAUUUAUUAAUAAAACUUAUGAGGAAAAUUAAAAAAUGACAUUCUAAAUGCACCAACUAGAUAAUAAAAAUGCUUCAAAAAAAUUUUUGAUCAGAAUAAGAUUGCUGGUAGACAAGUUAUUUAGAGAUAAAAAAAAAAACAUAACAUAGUUAGAUCAAUAAAUUUCCCGCUUCGUUCAGAAUCUAAAAAUAUGUCUAGCACAGUAACGCUCAAUUUUAUUUUUAUUUUUUUUUUCAAACAGUAAGAACAAUUUAUAAUAAUCCUAAUAUCUAGUUUUCGAUUAUUAUACGUGGUCAAAAACAUUUUAUUAACAUACAUUGAAAAAGUUAGGUUAGAUUCAAAUAUUUCAAAAUUAAUAAGACAAAAUAUUUUAGAAAUUAUACCACUUCUAUAGAAAAUACUAACAUUAGUAAUCGAUAAAAUAUUCAAAUCCCUAUAGAAUAUUUUACUCACUAAAUUUCAACAAAACAUCAAAAUAUAUUUCUACAAGCAUCAACAUUGCGUUUAUUAUAUUCGCUUUUUUUUUUUUUUUUUUUUUUUUUUUUUUUCGGAAUAUUUGUCCUUUUUUACUUUUUUUACGUUACAAGUAAUUUAAAAAAAANAAAAAAAAAAACAUAACAUAGUUAGAUCAAUAAAUUUCCCGCUUCGUUCAGAAUCUAAAAAUAUGUCUAGCACAGUAACGCUCAAUUUUAUUUUUAUUUUUUUUUUUUUUUUUUUUUUCGGAAUAUUUGUCCUUUUUUACUUUUUUUACGUUACAAGUAAUUUAAAAAAAAAGUCCCUAAUACAUCAAUCAAUUUCAAAAUAUUACUGGAGAAUUAUUUGAUUGGAGACAUUUUUUUCGUAAAGUGUACAGGGUGAUCCACUAAACGGUUCACCUCAUUUUUUUUGGCUAAAUUUUACAUAUGUUCAAAUUCUGUUUUUUUUAAUUUUUAAGGGUAGUAGUUAAAACCGAUAUUCUUGCAUACUUAGAUUUUUUAAAAUAUUUAAGGAGUACCCUAUGGUGAUGCCAACUUUGGUUUUUCAAAUGAGAACCUAUAUUAAAAAUUACAUAAAUAGAUAAAGUAUUACUUUAAAUAAAUGUUGGUGUUAAAAUUUUUAAUUUUCUUCGACUCGUUGUCGAGAUAUUUCACUUUUAAGUUUAUGUAGGGGGAAGUAGUAGAGUAUUAUUUGUGUGACGGCACGGCGUGCAGCGUUUUAUUAAUGCUUCAUUACUCUCCACCUAUCUAAAUUUAAAAGUGGAAUAUUUCAUUAACGGGUUGAUGGAAAUCAAACAUUUUGUUACCAAAAUGUAUUUUACUCCGUUAAUUUAUGGAUUUUAAUAUAGGUUCUCAUUUAAAAAACGAAAGUUGGUAUCACCACGAUAUACUCCUUAAAUGUUGUGAAAAAUUUAAGCAUUCGAAAAUAUCGACUCUAACUCCACUUAAAAAUUCUAAAAAUCAUAAUUUGAAUACAUACGAAAUUUAACCAACGAAAUGGGGAUGAUCACGCUUAGUGAAUCACCCUGUAUACAUUAUAAAACGUUCCAUGCUUCUCUCAAAAUCUAGCAUUAAUACUAUUAUUCGUUCGUUUUAACCACCAAAUGAUUUUUGAAUUUUUGAUUUUCAAAAUCUACGGCAUGAAAAAUGAAUACAUUUUAAAAUAAAAAUAUUAUAACUGGUUGUUUCAGUAUCUAUUUAACUAUAUCUCUGUGGGCAUUUUUUAAACAAAAACGUACACUUCCAGAGUACAAAAAUAAUACUGUUAAUAUUUUCUAGGGACAGUAAAGUAUCGAUUUAGAUAAACAGUGUAUGUUUUAUGGUUUGAUAGUGGAAUAAAAAAUAUAAACCCUAAAUUUCGUAUUGGUUCGCGUAAACGGCAGGAAAAAAAUGUUAUCACUGAAAAUACGGUUUUUGACAUAUUAUUUAUAGUAUUAUUUUUGUCUCGAACAUUCAAAUUGAACCCUCACAUACGUUGGAGUGAUCCUUAUUAUAUUAUUACAUUUUUACCGAAAUCUUAAACAGUUGCCCAAUAACAAUAAUAAUAAAGUCCGUUAUAAAUUGUAGAAACGGGUUUUUUUUUUGUUUUAGCGAUAAAACUGCAGCAGUAAAACCGCAUUAUACGAUAAAGGUCACGCCGAUUUCGUUUUUUUCUUCAUCUCUACAGAUUUUAUCGGCUUACGGUAUAUUAUUGUACGAAUAAUUCCAUUCAGAGUAUUUUGCAGAGUGUCUUUUACUAUACUGCGGCAGACGCAUAUAAUUUUCCCUAGAAUAGCACACUGAAAACAAUACCUACGACCGGGUUAUCGGUUAUCGGUCGCUGACCAGGCGCUUAUUCCGAAACGGUCAACAUGAUGUUGCAGUAUAUAUAUUUUCGUGGCAACUGUAAACUUGCCCUAUAUUAUAGUGCAUGCGUUCCAUAUCUUUAUUAUAUCGUUACGUACAGGAUCAUGGAAUGUGCGCCGGUCUAACCUAACAAAUCAUUUAUCGAUAAAUUUAAUAAUAAAAUAAAUCAAAUCAAAAUAUACAUCUAACACGGUUAUUUUAUACAUUUCUUUUAAAUUUAAAUUUAAAUUUUUUUCUUUCACGAAAUGUUUACUAAUGGCAAUUUGUUAAUUUUCUAAGAUUUGUUGAUGUUAACAAAAAUCAUUUAUAAAAUUAUGCUUCAUAGUAACAAUGAGAACCAUUUUUAAUCAGAAACUUUAAAAUAUUGUAACAAACUAAUGACUCAUCAUCAAUAAGCAUUUAUAACGCCAUUAUUUAUUUUAAAAUAAAAUGUAUAAAAUCGUAAGAAAAAAUAAAUAUGAUUUUUUAUAUAACGAAAAAUAAAAUAAGGAAAAUAAAUAGACAAAUCACAAUGAAAUCAUCGAAAAGCUUAUAUAAACUGUUGAGCAGAGCACAAAAUUAUUGCACAUUCCAUAGAACUCUGCAGGGCCACUAUUUGUACAUCCAUAUUAUCACCCCCCUCCAAAUUCCAUCAUAAAACAGUAGCAUACCAAUCAUCAGCAGUAUCAGCCUUUUUUUUUCAUUGUAUUGGUUUUUUUUAUAAUUUUUGCUUUUAUCGGAAUGAUGACAUGUGUCUGAUUUCGGGCAUUCGCUCAUACAGCGAUAAUUAUUAUUCGGGUAUCCGGCGCCCCGGUGGUGUAUACCUGAAACUCUGGCGAUCAUUACGCGUUUAUCACCACCGCCGCCGCAAUUCAUUACCUACAACAAUGGGCAAACACUGCAGCUGCUAUAAAUACAUCGACGUUGAACCGAUCGUUGUUUGCACAAGUCGAUAAAUCUUUCGGAUCAAUGCGGCCGAAAAUGUUCGUGGGCGAAAAUUAUCGGACCACCGCCGCCACCGUGCGCAUUGUUUCGUAUAUAUACGCACCGCAGAUUCUUAUCUCGCGGAUUCAAGUUUUCUCAUUAUAAAGUUGAACCACGGAAUCAAAAUAUUGCGGCUUUUACCAUCGCCCUCCUCGUACUCAGACCCCCCCAUCUGUACGCACACACACACACCCCGAAAACAACAAUGCGGCAGGAAACAACGGACACGUGAAAACCCCGGGGGAACGCCGAAUAGUUACAAAAGAAUGAUGGUAUAGUAACAGACUGAAAAUUUACGAAGAAACCAUGAGUGUUGCGGUAUUUCGAGUUGUUCAGGUCGAGAUCGUGGAAAUUUUCAGGCCAAAUGGUAAACAGGUAGCGAUCAUCGUUUACGCAAAUUUCCUUAUGUUCCGUAAUUCAUCUGUAGCACCAGUAGCAUCAAAAAUGGGUUUAUCACUAAUCCUUGUUCAUGAAUCGGUUGGUGAGAUGUGGUGGACUAGAUGUAGUCGUUAUCAGUGAUGAUGGCCCCAGCUGGUACCAUCAUAGAUGAAUAUUAAGAAAAAUAAGUUAUCGUACACUUAUCGUUUAUCAACAACUAUACAGAGUUUAACUAUACAAUCAAAUUAAUUAAUACUAUAUGUUUACAAUAAAACAUUUAUCGAUAGUGGUUGGGUUUAAACUUAAAGUUAAUAUACAAUUUGAGCUUUUAGGUACUCUUAACUCCUAAAACUCCUAAUUUCUAUUAUUACAUAUUAUGUUAAUAUGCUACAAAAGGUAAACGAAAGGUGCGCCAUUGAUGCCGGCGCAUCCGAGUUGAGUCCCACGAUUAAAAUUCUACAUUAGUUAGUCUCGGGUUUAUGCAGGUAGUAUACUAUGUAGUUUGGUAAUAUUAAUAAUAAUUAUAAUAGUUUGGAAGUUAAGAAAAAUAAAAAAUAAUAUUCAUUCUAAUAUUUACCAGUUUGUAGAAGUUUUAAAAACUUAUCAAAUGGAUACUUAUAUUAAAAUUAAAAGUUCAGAAAAAAACCAAGAGACUAUAUUUUACAAAAAGAAAAAUGUAUAAAGUAAAAACAGAAAAAACACUGACAAAAUAGAUCCUAAGUUUUAAGUCUGUAAAAACAAAAAGGAAAAUGUUUUGUAUUACUUUUAAACGUUCAGACCUAUCUAGUAUAUUACCUAUAGAAAGCCAGGACCUAACUAAAAUACUACCCGAUAUUCAUUGGGACCCAACAAGUGAACUACUUAUCAAAACUAAAAGGCCCAGAACCCAACUCGGAUACAGCCAUAAAAUUUCGUAUCAAAUUAAAGUAAAACCGGUCAUACCCGUAAUGCACAUUGUUCGAAUUUAAUUUUAAAUUAAAAUAUCAAUUGUAUUAUUCGUGUGAAAUGUCGAGAGCUAAUUAUGUUGUUCAUGAAAGAGCCACUGUUAUCAAGAUGGCAUAAUGGGAAGACAUAGGAUACAGGAUGAUUUAGUUUAUAAACUGAAAGCAAUGAUAAAUCAUUUUAAUCAAAAAAUGAUGUAAGCGGGGUUUAAAGUAUCACUUACGGGCAUAAUAUCUGCAUUUUUUUAAAUAUUAAUUGAAUAAUUUGGAGCAUUUUUACAAAUCAAAAAAUUUAGGUAGAGAACAGUUGAGAAUUACAAACAAAUGUUUUAAGCAAUGAAGUGCCACCGACUAGAAAAUCUUAAAUCUUAAAAGUAAGACAUGAAAAUAUCGGAGCAUUUCAUUAUCAGAAAAAGUGUUAUCCGAGAAACGUCUUAGUAAAACGAAUAGGUUUUUUGUUGAACUCAAAAUCUAAAAUGAUCCGAACGUAACAUAUUACACAUAUUAAGAAUAGUAUUUAGAGUUUGCCUCCAAUUUAAUAAGAACAAAAUAUAAUACAAUAUUAUUUAACGUAGAAUUCCUUCGGGAAAAAUUAUGGCAAACCGAUUUAUUAUUAUACCCACCGUAUAUAUAGUGUUCGGACCGCGUAUAGUUUUAUACCUACCUAACGUUAUAUGAAAAUUCGUAAAUCAUAUUUUUCCCUUUUUACUAUCAUAAAUCACGUCGAAUUCGCAUACCUAUAUUGUUGUUGAAUAUUACUAUUAUUAUUAUAUCAAAUAACAAAGGUCUUGCAGUGAUAAUAUUAUUAUCAUAAUAAUUUGAACGGAAAAAUCGCAAACUCGCGGGUUUUUUUCGCACAAAUCGACGAAAUAUUGUAUAAAACACUGAAAUAGGUAUCUACAUUUCAGUUCCAAAAACUACAGCGCAGUAGUCUAUAUACACAUGUAUAAUAUAUCAUAUAUAUUAUAUGGUUAUAAACGAUCAGAUACUUUCGGAGGAUUUCGGGUCGGGUUUUAAACAUAAUAAAAUGCCAUGCGCGGGCGUUAUAUUAUUAUUAGGUCCCGAAAGGCCGUGUACCGUCUAUUUAUCAUCGGAACAACAUAUUAUAUUGCAUAGUAACCUUUUUGAUUGUACGGUGACCGACCGCCAGUCCGCGUAAUCAAUAAUAAUUAGCGCACGCCCGCCGUCGCCUCCGUAACCACCACGCCGUCACCUUCUAUUCUGCACACAGCUCAUUACCACCAUCCGCCGCCAAUUUCUCACGUGAGAUGUGACGUACGGACUACGGAUACGUAUAGUUUCGAAAAUCGAGAAAAAUUACUAAAGUUGGGUUUCCGCUACUAUAACGAGUAUGUGCACUCACAAUUCUGCACUAUGAUUGGCUAGGUAAUAUUGAUACGGACAGUGCGACAACUACUUCUUCUUCUUUCUCAGUGGCGCUUUCCCGUCUUUAUGGGGUCCACUGAUAUUGGUUCCAGGCACUAAUCGAUUCAUCGCAUCCUGUGCAGUGAUAUCUACGUUUUCCGUGCACACAGUCCAUUCAUCUUUUCUUUGGACUUCCACAGCCCCUCUUCGCCUUAGCCUGCCAUUCUCACAUUCUGUUGACUAUGUGUUUAUCCUGUCUUCUAGAUACGUGUUCAAACCAUCUUAACAUUGGCGCAAUUAGCUCAUCAACCUCGGGAGAGGGACUUGAGCUCCACUAUAAUAUUGAAUAAAUGUGGAGGAAGCGUCAGACAAUCCAGGGGAGCUAAGCCCUCCUAGCUCUCUUAAUUGCGCCACUACAUCUUAAUCUAGCUUUCGUUAUUUUCUCAGUUAUGGAUAUGAUCUAAGAACUCUCUUAUAUAUUCGUUUUUUUUCCUAUCCAUCCUUUUGAUACCUGAUAUCGAGAUAUCCAUCAUAAUAUUUUUAUCUCGUUUAUGUGGAUAGUCUACUGCGCCCACUUAUUAAUUACCCUAAUCUAACCUAUUAUGACCUACAUACAACCUAUUGACGAACCGAAAUAUUUAGUCGUUUUACCAGAUGACUAUACCGUUUUUACUAAAUUAUACGGAUUGGAAAUACGGAUCAGAAGUAUCUUCAAUACAAAUAUCUUAAAUACGUAUCUUAGAUACAAUUUUAUCUUUAAUCAUGAUACAGUUUCGGGAAGUAUCAAGUAUCUAGAUACUCAUAAGUGCCCAUAGGGAGGGGUCAAAUGGAUGAUUUCUUCUUUUAACUUUUCCAAGAAUACACUAAAAAUGUAAGGUGUUUGUACGUUAAUGACCGGAAUAGUUAGACAUUUUUUAAAAAUGUUUCAAAUAAAUUGCAUAAGUAUUAUCUUGUAUUUGUAUAUAGAUAAUGAAAAUAAAUGUAUCUAACAGAAUUAAGUAUCAAGGUACUAAUUUUGAAGUAUCUUGCCAUCACUAAGUAGGAUUCAACUGUAAUGUCUACAUGCACGGAUGGUGACGAUCACCGGUAGUAACUCCGAAUAUUGAUACAUUUCAUUAUCUAUAGUAACUGAAUGUAGAGACAUUUUCGUACGUACAUUUCGCAGUGGAAAACUAGCUUAAGCCUCGGAACCGAAGAGCUUCCGCGAGUACAACGCAUCAUGAAAUACGAGAUUGUAAAACACCAUUGAGGAAGAAAAAGUAUAUGAAAUAUAAAAAUUAACGUGAAAGAAAAAUACGCUAUAUCGAAUCCGUGAGGUAGUUUAGUAUUUAUUUUCGCCGACCGCGUGUCAACAUUGUCAACAUCACCCGUAUAAACUUCGUGAGCUCUUUGACUCGGUUCCGAAGCGUGAAACCCAGGGGCAUUCGCACAACAACAAUGCCGUACACACAGUUUUUAUUAGAGUUGUUAUUAUUGUUUUUAUUAUCAUUAUUAUUACUAUCGAAAAUAUUUCCACGAAACUGAGCGCAAUCAAAAAGUGCGCUCAAAGGAAUUUCUUCGCCGCCACCACCACCGCGAUAAUAAUUAUGAAAUGACUAAUUUUCUCAUCGGUAUUCGCAAUUUAAUGGCGGCACCGGCACCGCACCGUAAAUAUAACUGUAAUAAUAAUUUUCAUACCUAUAUCAUUAUAACUACAUUAUUAUUAUUUUCAAAGUCCCCCCCCCCUCGUACCUAAUUAAUGACAUUUACGGAUUUUGUUUGCGGCGUUUUCAAAACAUCACGAGUGUUAACGUAUGCAUAGAUAUGAUUUUUCAUCUGGUAAUAAUAAUAUCUCUGUAGACGUCAACCUUUUUCAAUUCGAUGACACAUAACCCACCACCCUCCACCACAAAGUUCAUAUAAUUUAUAUUUAACAUGUGUUCAAAAUUAAUAUUAUAUUUUUUUUUUCUAAAUAUACCGGAUGAAAUUUGCAUCUGGAUAAUGAAAGCCGAUUUUCAGAUAACCACUGUAUUGACAAACGAGUAAUGUGAGUAAUGCUCCUAUUGGAAAAAUACAACGAAACAUAUUAGGUACAUAGUUAAUUUACCUACAUUUUAAAAUUAUAAAACAACAGAAUGUCAAAUUAGGUUAUAUGUUAAACCUUCUGGUUAAGUUAGGAAAAAUAACGUAGAUUAAACAAUUAUUGUUGACCAGACAAUUUUGUUGUACAUUUUAGGGCACCAUUCAUUUCCUCUCUCGUUUUAUACGGCCUAUCGUUUUAGGCUGAGGUUAAUUUCACAUGAAAUUUGAUAAUUUUCCAUUUUGACCUUUUUUUUUUCAAACGAUUAAUUUAUACGAAAAACCCUAAAUUUAAAAAGCCGCCAGACUUUUAUGCAUCCUAAAUACAAGAAUAAACCGAACUAAAAGAAAAAAAAACGGUAUUCAUUACAUCCUGCAGCCUUAAUUUAAUGUAUACAGAGAACGAUUAUGGGAAUGGGAAGGAGGAUAAUGAAGAAAAAUGGAAGGUGUAGGGAUAUAAUUUUGGAGUAGCGAAAGUAUAUAUAGCUAGUGUUUGUAUAUAUUGUCAUACCGACAGAGAAAGGCACACUUUUUGCCGGAUUUCGUUUGUACCUACAAUCUCCGAAACGAAAACCAAGCAAAUACACCCGACCCGCACCCGUUCCGGACGGAUGUCCUUCCCGUCGGCAUUUUGGAAGCGUCCGGCGGGAUCGGACGGAACCCGGUCUCGGUAUGGUGGAAUGGUAGAAGAGAAAGCAUCGUGCGUCGUACGCGGAAAUCCGUUAACAUUUUUUUAUUUUUUUUUUUUGUUAUCCACCGAUAAUAGUAUUCGUGGUAGAUCGUUUUGGAGGUGUUUUCUUUCUCACCGUAAUCACAGGAUGAAUAGAAUAUACUACGUCAAGUACAACUAUCUUUUUUUCUUCUUUUUUACUCCUAUAUUAUUCAAAAUAUGUUAAUUUUUUGUCAAAUCAUCUUUCUGAACAAUUUUAAAAAUAUUAGAUAACACCUUUAUCAAUUGAUUCUUUUAAAUACUAUAAUGGUUUUAGGUUUUGUACUUUAUUUUUAAUAGUUUUUUGUCUUCUCUUUUAAAAAAUUUAAAUCGGUUUUCUAAUUUAUACAAUCUACAUAGACAGGUAUAAUUAAAAUGAACUUCAAAAUACAUAAUUUAAUCAGGAAAAAUCAUUGGUAAUAUUAAUCACUGCUAUGAAAUGUAUGAUGACUAGAGAGCCGAUGUUUAUUAUGAACAUCGCCAAUCGCAUAAUACAUUCUGAUUUGUUGAACUGAUAUCUUUUCCCGAGCCGCCAUUUCGUAAAAUACCUAUUAUCAGUGGCGCAUACUUGAGAAUUCUGGGAUAGCAAUUGAUACACCAACAUUUUAGGUGAGUGAUGAUAUUCGCCUAAAAUUAUUUAUCAUAUUCGAAAUUAUAAAAAAAUCAAGUGUAUAAAUUAAUAAUAAUAUUAAAGAAUAUAUUUAAGCUAAUAUAAAUUUGGUGUGAUUUUGAGCAAUUUAGGGAUGGGUUUUAUAGUAACCAUUCAUUUUGCUUCUUCGAUUUAAUUUUAAGUGUACAUCACUAUCUAUUAUUAUCAUUAAUAAAUAAAAGUUGUUUCCCAACAAAUAACGAAAUGAGUCAUAAAAAUGUUGUAACAUUUACAUAAUAAUAUUAUAAGGAUAACACUAAACAAGUAAAUUGUAUUUUAAUGUAUUACAGUAUAGUAAAUUUGUGAGUCAUAUAGCCAAUGAGUGCAAGAAUACAAAUAAUAGCGGUCCAUUCCAUAGUGAUAAACCAAUUUGGCCACUUUUUUACUUAGAUUGUAAGACACUAUUCAAACCAUAGUUAUUGAAAUAAAGCCACACAUACAACACAAGGUGGAAAAUCUGCAUCUUUCGAGGCAUAUGGUAAUUUAGUUUUGAUAUUUUUGGAGUACCUAUAUUUGUAUUGACCGAAAAAAUGGUCAUGGAUAUGAAAAAAAAAGUCUAUUAUCUUCAUUAUUUCAAUAUAAUGUGCAAAAUAUUAUUAUUGUCAUUUUCAUGUUAUAAUCGGAUUUAGUAGCCUAUAAAAGGUGCGCACGUCGGAUCAAUGAACCUAUUGUCACCGUAAUAACAAUUAACGCAGUUAUGCACAUAAUACGCUUGUAAUGUGCGAGGUUUUUUUUUUUUUACAUACGUUGUUCUCGCGAUAAUACUCGUUUACGCAUUUAAUGGAAAAUUGAUCGACGCUUAUUUGUUUAACGUUUACGUCCAGUUGGACAGGGUGAUUGACAAAAGGUUUUUUUUUUGUUUUAUUUAUAUCACUUAAUCAAACUGAAUCUACUAAAAACAGUUUUGUGACGAUCUUCAAUAGAGAUUCUUCGUUUUUACUUAUUUCGCUCUCGAUCACAAAAAAAAACCAAAGCAUAAUUCAACUGAGAUACCAGAGGAGGGGGGCAACUAUCUAAAUACUAAUACGAAAUUAAUUAUCCUUCCCUACUCUUCCACUAUUCAAACUGGUAAACUCAUAAACGUAUUUUAUCCAAAAUCAGCUAAUAUUUUUAGGCACAUAUUCAAAUAUUUGUAAAAAUAUGCUCUCAUCGUAUUUGACUUUAAAAUACUAGGUUAUAUUUUAAAAUUAUUAGUAAAGUAGACGCCAAUGUGAACAAUAUUAAACAUUAGAUCUUUCCGAAAAACCGUUUUAUUUUGAACUAAGAACUAGUUCGCAUAAAACAGUCUAUGCUGAAAUUCAAAGAACAUAACUUUAUUUUGCCACACAAGUGGCAUAAUCAUACAUAUCUAUGUAUAGUAAAAUAUUAAUUUAUACACAGUUACGCACAAUAAAGGCGGCUAUUUAAUUUUGAAUAUCUACUGUUGCAUUUAAGCUAAUUAAAAAUAAAUAUGCCAUACAUUAUAUUAUGUAAUUAUGUUUUCUUUAGUUUUCAUAAAGAGUAAAAAAUAAUAUAAUCUUAAAUCUUUUUGGAUAGUAUUUUUUUCGUUUUAAGUGAACAUGUUUUUGAACAAAUGUAUAUAAAAACAUAAUCAAUACUUUUCAUAAGGAUCCACGUAGGGACCGGUUUUAAAUUUACAUGAAAGCAUAUUUAAACAUUUUUGAGUCACCAAUUAUGUGUUUUUUCACUAAAAUUGCUCAUAUUCAAUAAUGGUAGCAUGACACCUUUUAAUUAAUGUAUUUAUGAUAAUAUAUUGUAUAAUACGUAGGUAAUAUGAGUAUAAUUUACGAAAACGAUGCGAAUAAAUUCGUAUCAAUAAACGAUUCUAUUAUGUGUGCUAUGUGUCGCUAUUGUAAUGUCUGAAAACUCCAAAAUAGAAUUUACUCGAAAUCUUUGUGUAUCGCUUAUAUUAUACGGUUCUCGAUGAAAGGAUAAUCCUGUAUAGGUAGGUAGGUAGGUACGAACGUCGUGCCGGGGUUGAUAUCGAAAUGAAAUUCGAGGGGCACAUGGCGUGGCCGGCGGCAGUAAUGAAGCGAUAACUCUUAUAAUAUUAUACCGAUUAUGCACGCCCGCCAUUAUUCAAACCCCGACCCAGGGCCUGUCGUGUAUACACUGUGUUAUUUUUCUCUUGUCCACGCACACACAGCACACACUAUAUAAUAUAUAUCAUACAUUAUUUGCCGGUAUAAAAUAUAAAUCCUCGUCCCACUAUAUAUGUUGUUAUUAUACAUUAUUAUACACAACACACGCUCGCGCGCUUUUCAUAGGUCUCAUAUAUGGGUUUCCGGCACGCCAUCUGUGCGUGACGGUACUCGGCCGACCGACCGCCCGAACAUUAUUAUUAUUAGUGUUUUUGUUAUUGUUCGUAUACAGGGUUUUUUUUCGGUUUUCCUCCGUAAGAAAAUAAUACAAGAAAUACACCAAUUCAACGAAAAAUGACCUCCUCCGUGUAUCGACUAAACUAAAUUUGCUAUCGGUGCUACUACCUACGGUGUCGCUGCAGAUGAUUAAAGCAAACGGAAACUUAUACUUACGACCACAAAAAAAAAAAGCAUACAUCAUCAAAUAUAAAAAAACUAAUAAAUUCCUUGUAACGUUCAGAAUCUAAAAACAUAUUUUAGAUUCAGAGCGUAUAGGAUGUAUUGGUUUUACAAUAUGUAUUUUAUUAUUUUAUUUUAUUUUUUUCUUCUUUCUUUCUUCCUGUGGACACGUUUUUUCAUUGUAAACUUGCUCCAAUGUCUACGUGUAGCAACUUUUCUGAAAGCUUAAAUUGUACUGGAUAGUAUUUUAAAAAUUUCAUAUUUUGAUUUUUGACGCAAUUUUUAAAAAAAAAAAAAACACUUAAGUGAGAAAAGACAUAGGAAAAAGUACAAUUUCACGAUUUAAUUAUUUUAUAAAAACACGGAUGACGUUUUCUACCAGAAAAAAUGAUUUAAAUCGAAAAAUUACGAGUUUGCUGUAAUUUGGUUAUAAAUACACUUAGAGACUUUAAACUUGGUAAUUAUACUUAUAUCGGACUUACCUAGACGUGGUAAACUUUCCAAAAUCAUCGGACGUUUUUUUUUUAAUAUGAUUUUUAAUAUCACAUUUUGACGAAAAUCGUAAAUAAGUAAAUACGACCUUUCAAAGCCUGUGUAACCGAACUUCGUCUUCAUCGUUUUUCGUAAGCAAUAGUUUAACAUAUAUAGUCUUCAUAAAAAGUUACCUAUUAUCGAUCAGAUUACUUUUCAGAGAGCUGUGAAUCUUCCUUUUAUGUUUUCGUAAUCAUAUCACAAACUCGUAUAUAUUAUUAUGAGACACUGUAGCACGAUAUUAUAACUAACGAGAUUUCAGAAUCGGUUUUGGUCGCGAAAAACGAAUGUUAUUACUGUACAGAGUGUUCAGCAUCACCAUCAGAGGUGCCCACGUACUAAAAGAAUCGAAUCGAUACGCGUUUAUAUUACAUUUGAACAUAACAAUAAAUAAUAAUUAUUUUCGUCCAAAGAAACCGCCUACUAUAUAUUAUGUAAUAUUUAUUAUUUCACGGCAUAAAACUAUAAAAUAUAGUAUUAUUAUACUAUACAGAGAUCGAUAAAAGACUCAAUCGAAUACCAUAAUAUCAUUUAAUAACGAAUAAGAGUAUUAAAAAUGUUAUUAAAACAUUAAGGGUAAGGGUUCUUUAUUUUUCUAAAAAAAAAUAUGUAUUAAUGACCGAAAUCGAACCACAUAUUUAGUGGUCCGAAAAAACAGAUCACUCGCAACCUAACCUUAAAGUUAAUUUGAUAAAAGUUACUUUUAACUUUUGUUAUUAUUUGUCUGAAAAUUAGUAACUAAACUUAUAUUAUAACACUAUUUUAAAAUCAACUCUAACUUAGUAUACUAAUUAUUUUUUUUUGUUUUUUAAGAUAACUUUAUUUAGAUUUUUUUUUUUAAAAAUCGAUUUAAUUGCCCAGAUUUACUGAUAAUUAUAACCACACUAACACAUUUUUAGAAGUAGCUUAGCUAUUCGUAUUUUCAUAGUCGAAAAUAUAAUUCCUACAUUUACGACACUGCCGUUGUUUGAACGUAUAGAAUGGGAAAUUUAAACGACAUAUUUGCAAUACGUUUAAUGAUUUAUACGAUAUUGCAGCGCAUAAUAAUAUAAUUCUAUCGGCGUUUCGUAUAAUAUGUUUCCCGCCGUUUCCAGACGAUCCGACAAACGUAGUGACCUAAUUUUCCAUAAUAUGCGUUUUCAUUUGCAUAUGGUGCCCUGCACGAGACGAAUAGGCGAUACACUAUAUUAUAAAGGUAUAUAUAUAUUAGGGUCGAAAAAUGUCGAAACGCCACGAACGUUUUUUUUCCCCUCUUCUCUCUAUCUCUCUCUCACUCUCCGUCCGACAAACGUGUUUAUAGGCUUAUAAACAUAUAAAUAAAUACGGUUUAAAAUAACAACGAAAAGCCAUCAGUAAACCAUUAUACGAUAAUACGGAUUUAUCAUACAUUUAAUAUUAUUUAUUUAUUUAUAAUAUAAUAAAUCUAUAAUAUAAGUAGAAUAAUAUUAUUUUCAUCUUAUUGAUACUCUUGGCUUUGCAUAUUAUUAUUGCGUAUAAUAUAUUAUAUUAUAUAGUAUAGUAGGUUUGGUAGGUUUACAUAAUUCUAUAAAUCGAGUACUAAAUAUAUUAUUGUAGGUAAACUAUUUGAGUAUUUAUUAUACGUUGAUAUUGACAUUAUGUAAAAUACUAUCUACAUACCGAUUACUGAUAAUGGUGUUAAAGCAAAAUAUCUGAACGUUCAAAACUACACCGUAUACGUAAGAGACCAGAUACAUUAAUCUAUCUGUCUACAAAGUUUUUUUCUUAUACAUAAAACGCAAAUUUCGGCUUUUAAAUUGAAAUUUAAAUUUAAACGCAAGUAACAAAAUUUAAAACUGAGAAUAUUUUAGAGGGCUGUAUAAAAAUUAUCAUACAAAAACCAUGACAUCAUAAGCCCCGGAAUUAUUGAACCCCUAAGAUCUAAAAAUAGUUUAUCGAUACUUGAUUUUGUUUUGUAUUAUUAAUUCAAAACGUUUUUAAAACGUUAGUAUAGUAGUAGUAGUAGUAGUAGUAGUUUACCAACGAUAAACGAUUAAAACUUAUAAUUGAUAACAUAACAAACGAUAAACGAAUAUAACACUAUAACAGACAAUAAAAAUUUCGUUUUAGCUUUUAAUUUUUAUUCGACAGCAAAGGAUAACAUUAAUAAUUUUUUUUUUUAAAGUCAGAAAAAUAUUCACUUUUAUGUUUUAAAUUUAGUUUUAGUAUCAAUAUUCGGAAUAAAACAACUCAUUACAACUAUAAUUACAGUUAAUCGACAAAUAUUCACACGUUUGUGUGGUUUUUACUAUCAUACUAUCACAGAGUAUAUUAGUCAUUUUUGUUUGUAGAUUUUAAUUUAAUAUUUCCAUGUUUCGUUAUUUACAAGAGUUAUAUUUUAUUUGUCUGGAUUUUAACCUGUGUUCGUUACGCGUGUGUAGACUCGAUUCUAGUUGUUCGAAAAUUGUGUUAUGAAUAUUACUCAAUACUAUGUAUAAUUUAAAGUUUAAAUUAAACAGUAUCUUGUUACCAAGAAAAUUGACUAGCUUCAUCUAAAAGAAUAUGAAAUGAGUGUUUAAAUACAAAUAGUAAAUAGCCAUAAAAUUAUAAACGUUUAAUUGUGUAUGACAUUUAAAGCUAGUUAAAAAAAAAAAAAUAAAAACAUUUAAACCACUCAAGUCGAAUAACGUUUAAAACGUUUAAAUGCUAAUGGACAAAUUGUAUAAACAUUUAAAUACCUUAUGAUAUUAACCACUAAAUUGCUCAUAAAGUCAUAACGUUUGAAUUUCUUAUAAUAGUAAACUAUAUUUGUAUUAUUGAUUUAAAUCCUGAUUAUAAUUCGAAAAUUGUAUUUAAUUUAUUUAUUUUCUUAUUUCCAUUAGUUAAUAGUUAUGUUAGAGGAGUCUAUAUUAUCUAAUGGCUCCACAGCGGUGAUUAAUUUAUACGGUCUUUAAGAAUUAGAAAUGUUUCUGUCAGAACUGAACAUUUUGCCACUAUAAACAUUUUGCAACUAUAAAAAAAAAAUAUGAAACCAAAAAUAAUAUAAAAAUAAAAAGUAUAGUGAAUUAUUUUGAUCUUCUUGAAAAAUAUAAAAUUAUAUUUAAUAAAACUUAUAAAUUAUUCAUCAUAUCAAUAACCAUACCGAUGUCCAGUGCAUAUGAAGACACAUAUCUCGUCUAAGAAGAUUAAAGAAUUUUAUGAUAAAUCGUCUGUCAAAAAACUAGUCAGUUUGUCAUCUAUUUUAAAGAGAAAAAUAUUGCCAAAAAUUUAAAUCUUGAAUGAAUUUGUUUAUAGAUUUUCUAUAAAGCAGAAAAAUAAAAAAAAAUUGUUUUAUAUUAAAUGAUUUUCAAGUACCUACAAUAACUCUUUCAUUUUAUCUUUCAUUGCAUUUAGAAAAUCUUUCAAAAAAUUAAUCAUAUAUUUGUUACCAGCAUUAAUACCUAACCUAACCUAACCUAUACCACCUUUAACUACCUAUAUUGAUUGUAUUUUAAUUAUUGCAAUAUUGCAUCUAUAUAUUGAAUAUUUGGAUUGUUUUGAAUAUUGUACUAAUGUAAUAUAUUAACAUUCUAAAAUAAAUAAUUCACAAAUGUCAUUAUUAUGGUUAUUAAAAAGCAUUUUUAUUUAAACAUUUAAUUAAUUAUGUAUUUUAUGGUAUUUUUUAAAUUAAACUUAUUAGCUAAAUGAUAAAAUAAGGGAUAUAAAGUUACAUAAUAUUUAUAGACUUGUAGAAAUAAUUAGCUAAUAACCUAACCUAACCUAUUUAUAAAAUAAAAAAUGUCGAAAAUCACCAAAUAUUAAUCCACCUAGAAAAUAUAUUCCGGCUAAUCUUACUUUCAACACAUAAAGUAUCAAAUAUCGAAAUCCAGGUUAUUUUUUAAACUAAUGUCGAUAUUUUGUCUUGUACAAAUAAUAAACAAUAACAUGAUAACUAUGUUGUGAUUACAUAGAUUAAAUUCAAUAAGUUAGUAUUUUUGAUUUAAUAAUAUCUUUUUGUAAUAUCUAAUUUGUUUUUUUAGCGUGGCUUCGAUACUGGACAAAAUGAGAGUGAAUAUACUGAGAUGAUUUGAGCAUGUUAUGAGGAGAGAGUACUCGGAAAUAGUGAUGAAAUCACUAGAAAUAGAUAAUGAAAAUAAACCUAUGAUGAGAAAUAAUACGGAAAAUAAAAACCGAAAAAGAGGUCGAUGGACGCGAUUGAGAAUGAUACAAGGAUGACUGGUCAUUGGCGUAUAUGAGGAUGAUGUAGAUCAGGUCAAGUAAAAGUUUAAGACAUAGGUAACCGACCUAAAGAGUUAGAAGACGAAGAGAAAGAAGGUGUACAUUUUGCUUUCAAUUUUAUACUAAUAUAUCGAAAAUCGAGUAUCGAGUAACGAAUUUUAAAUAUGUAGUGUCUUUCAUUUUAGACUCCGAGUGGAGCAAAGAAGCUUAUGGUUUUACAAAGAUGUUUAUUAUUUUUUUUUGUUCUGUUAACAAUAUUUUUAUCGAAAUACUUGCUCAGAUUUCUAAGUGUAACACCUUCUCUGAAAGUAAAUCGGUGUGGGGAAGUACUUUAAAGAGGUCAUUUUUCGAUAUUCUCAAGAGUUUUCCAAGCAAAUAUGAAAAACCGGGAAAGACGUAGGAAAAUUGGGAAAAUUGGUACAGCAUUAAACGAAUAUUAUUGAAGAAAAUAUUUAAAUCGUGUUUAAUUAUUUUACUAUAAAAUAACCUAACAGAAAUGCUAAACAAUUUAACAGGAAGUUCAUUAAAAGUCGUACUUUGUGGUAAAAAAAAUGAGUAAUGUAGAAUUUUAAUAUCAAGGUUUAAAAGCAACAUUAUAAACCUAUUUCCGCUUUAAAUCGAUUUUCGUUAGCAAUGGUUAAUCGCUGCAUACAUUAAAUUUUCCCACUACUUUCGAAAUUUCUCACCUACAAGAGUGACCGCCCAUCGUGCGAACUAUGUUCGUCUUUACUCUUUUAGGUUGUGAGUGUAACAAAAAAUAUAUUGGUUUUACAAUGAUGUUUAUUUUUUUUUUUUUUUUUUUUUUUUUUUUGUGAACACAUUUUCUACCAAAAAGCAUACUCCGAUUAUCAAGUAUAGCAUUUUUUCUGAAAGGAAAUAUUCUCUGGGUGAUAUUUGAAAUCUUUGAAAUUCUCAUCAAUAUUCGAGAUAAUGAGGAAAACUUCGAUCUUCAGGUUAAAAAAUAUAGAAAGAUUAAAAUUAAGAUUGUCAUUGGCAACUGUUUUUAUUUAUUUUUUAUUAUUAUAAAGUUUUUAUUAUUUUAAUCUUUUUUAAACAAUCAUUUUUGUCAUGGAAACACACAAUGUUGUAAUCAUUUUACCAUAAUAUAGCAUAUACCAUACAUUGUAUUAUUGACAAAACAUCACUAUCUAACUGAACUACGCCUCAGAAUCGUUUUUUCGUAAACAAUAAUUUAUCGUUGCUUACAGAUAUACAUUAAAUUAUCUAUAACAGUAGCUGCACCCGUCUCCAUUUUCCUAAAUUCCUAGGAUUUUUCUUAUUAUAAUUUUUUUUUUAAAUAAUAAUACACCCCCCAGAUAUUAAUCCGUGUUGAUGAGAAACGUGUUUAUAAAUUGUUUGCUAGUUUAUAUUUGAACACAAAAUGAAUGCUCAACGAAUAACUGCAGCUGAUACAAUUCGGAACGGUUUAACGACAUAAUAGUACCUACCUAUUAUUAUUAUCAAUUAACGUUUCAAUCGAUACGCAUUUUAUUGGUUGGCCGAUUUGAUUCUGGUUUUAUGGACGACGAUGACGACGGUGCGUGGAUCGUCGUUUUCAAAUUAAAACUACCCCCUCCGUGGUUUUUUUAUGAUCGUGUAGCAAAUUAAUAAAAGGGAUUAUUAUGAACCCGGUUAUAUAUAAAGUUUAUUGCUCGACACUGUAACCGACAUUAAAACCAAAAUAAGUUGAAAAAAUAAACAGAGAAAACCCUAGUAAAAAUAUAUUGUAUACAUGUUUUUGUAAAUCCUAUUUUUAUUGUCGCUUGCGUAAAUCUAAACGAUUGCUAGUAUAUAUAUAUAUACAACCAAACCGAGCACCGUUUAUAAAAGUAACACACAGUGUGUUAUACAAUUAUUAUACAGUUUGUUCGGCGAUACACUCAAAAGAAAUUGACACGAUUUUAACAAAAAAUGUAUCUAAUAAAAAUAGUCUGAUACUAUAUAGUAGGAAAAAUUACCUUCUAAAUCCACCAACCAGAUCAAAAAUUUUACUAAAAAGUUGCUCUAAAAGUUUAGAGUCUCUAGUCGUUUAGAUACACGAACAAAACCUCACAUCAUAUAUUAAAAUCUUAGAUCAUGUACAAUGAAUAGAGCUAUAAGUAAUAAAACGUGUCGCCAACAAAGAUAUAGACUUUAUACCAUAAUUAUUAUUGUUUUAUAUCAUACUCUAUAUCAUAGAAUAUCGAUAUCGCGCAUGAAAACUCAUUACUAAACAUUUCUGUAAGUUGUUAUUAUUUAUUUUCUUAUAGUUUACUCAAUAAUUCAACAUUAUAAUUCAAUUUAGCUUGUAAUUUUGUGUUAUUUAAUUCGUUUAAAACUAAUUAGGUUAAAAAAAUAAACGUUAAUUAUUCAAUCAUAAGUUUGAUUUAACUCAGUUAUUAACAAUAAGCAAAAUGUAAACACGUGGACCUCUUUAAUAUAAAAAGUCAGACAUUUUGUUGGCAUCAAUAAUACCAAGUCGACUAGAUAGUUGUUUAUGCAUCUAUGCGAUAAACAUUAUAUAUUGUAGACAAAUAUUUUUAUGACGUUUUAUCGCAUUCAUCGUACAGACAUAUAAAUUAUUUUCGAUUUUUUUUUUUGUAAUUUUAAGUUCAAAAUUUUAUCAGGUUGGCUUACAGAAGGGGUCGAUAACAACAAUACUUUCGCCAUUGUCGCGGUUAGGUCACGAGGUCGUCGACGGCAUUCCGCGAACUAUUUCCCUUUAUUAUUAUCCUUUUUAUUCUCGUAUACAAUAUAAACUUACGACACGCGAUACCGUUCUACGUCCAGUUCUUUUCGGACCUUUAUCGGUCCAUUAUACGCCAACUAUAAGUACUAAACUCGAUUAUCCGGUCCCCUACUUACCCUCCACUCCACUCAUUUCCGCCAAGCGGUUUACUUUCCGUGACAUUUUACGCGUACAGCAUUGUCUAUAUAAUUCAAUUCAUCUAUACAAUACCAUACUCUUUCGCACAGAUAUUCAUGACGUGGGCAAAUGGUAAUGAUCAAAAAACCUAACAUAUUAUAUUAUAUUAUUUGGGUGAAAAUUUCAAAUUGGCCAAAAUAAUAUAAAGGCAAUGAUUAAAAAUACAUAUAAUAUGUAUUUGUCAAGCUUUUCGUCAUUAUUCGUCACAACCGUAUUCAUAUGCUUAUCUAUAAUUAUACAUAAUACUCCGCCAAUGUGCAUUCGUGUUUGCCAUUAAAAACGUCCAUUUUAAAUUUCAAACCUUCCUAGAUUUCAACAAUAUUAUUGUAUAGUUUAACCAUUACUACACAAUUUAUUAUGAGUGGUUUAAAUUUGGAGAUUCUAAAACAGGAUCAAUACUAUAGUAGUGGAAAGAAGAAAAAUUACCAAAAGAAGUAAAGCGAAAUUAAAUUAAUUCGACUCGAAUAAUUGUAAACGAAAUCUUUUAAAUGCAAUUCAGAUUUUCAUUUGAUAUUAUCAAAUCAUAUCAUGCGCAUUUAAAACAUUUUCGUUUUAACUGGAUUUUUGGCCUGAAAAAACGCUGUUCUCGAUUCAAUUUAAUAAUACGAAUGGAAAGGAAUAUUAAAUACUUUAUUGUAAAAUCUAUGAAAAUAUGAUCCGAUAGAAAAUUGUUUUGUGAACGGAAAAUUUAAAAAAAAAAAAUCAAAAAAUCUAAUGUUUUCUGGGUGGUCCGUGUCUGAAAGUUUUGAUAACAUCAGAAUAAAUCGACAAUGACGGUGAAUUAUAAUUAUUGUUGACGGGAAUAUUGUAAAUAUAUCUUACUUCUUCACGAAAGUUAAUCGCAUCACGAACAACUAACACAAUAGUCAAAAAAAAUAAUAAUGGAUAAACAAUAAUUAUUAUUAUUUUCAAAAACAAUACUUACCUAAAAGUUAUAUCGACAAAGUAAUCGACACGGAUAAAACACCGUAAAUGUAAAACGAUAUCGUAAACCAUAUUAAUUGUUUCCUGCGUUUUAAUUAAAUUUUAUUUUAUGCACUGUACGAUUUUUAAUGAGAGUUAUUAAUUCAGAGUUUAUACCAUUCGCUUAUUUUCUUGGCUUGACAUUAAUUGAUCUAGUCAGUGUUUUGGAAAUUGAUACCACGCUACAAGUAAAAUUAUGAAAUUUGAAAGUGCUUUUGUUUGCCUAUUUUGAGCAUGAUGCAAUACAAAUAAUCUACAAGUGUUUAUUUUGAUAGUUUUUUUUAAAAAUAAUGCCUUUUUAAUAGUUUUUUCUUUUCAAAUAUGUUUUAAGUGAUUAUUUCAGCAUUUAAAAAUUACUAAACAAAAAGCUGAAUAAUUUAAGUAAAAGCGUAAGGGCUUAUUUUUGUUGAUUUUAAGUGCUGUAAGCCCCAAACCUUAUUAUUAUUUGUUUCUCGUCUUCGAUAUACUUAAGAGUGUAGUAUUACACAUUCCCUUACUAAACUUCGCGGUAAAUUAUACGAACUGAAAUAACAGAAAAUUUUGAGAACAAUAUGAAUUGUUUCCCUAUAUCAAAACACUACUUACUUUUUUUUUUUACAAAAAAAAACUUUCAAGAAAAUAAAGAUUUUCCGAGCAUUCAGUUAAAUGAAAUGUUAUUCGAGUGUCUUUUUGAGGCUUUAUUAUUAACCUAGAGGUUGCCAGCCUCCGCGCGCAUAAUAAUUAUUAUUAUUUCUUUCUAUCUUUCUAUCCACGCGUCGCUAUAUAUACAAUAUACAUAAUAUCUCUUCGGAGUGCCCUCCAACUUUUUUUUUCAUUCUUCUGAACCUUUGUAAUUUCACAUUAUUUUCUCGUUCCGUCCUCUUGGCCUUUUAACAGAGUAUAAUAUACGUAUAUUCGUACCUACAUUAUAAUAUACAAAACUACCCCGUAACGUCUCUUUUCGACGUUGUUUUUUCACUAUCCCACGCGAAUGCGCGCAGGCAUAAUACGUACGUAUUCAUAACCAUAAGAACGUAAUUAGUUUCUGUUUAACUAUAGACUUGGUCCAUUCGGAAUUGUUGUAUGUAUAUUAUACAUAUAUAUUAUACUUAAACCGUUUUCAAAGUUCAGUAUUGUGUUUAUUUUCAAACCGUAUUAUUUUUCUUCUUUCGUGUUAUAUUAUAGGUACUUCCUUCACUUUGAUACAUUUUCCGAUGUUUUUUUUUGCCUAGGCAAAACGAUAUUAUACAUACUGAGCAUUAACGGUUUCAGUGUUCUUGUAUAUAUUAUACCGACAAAGUCUACAUAGGUAAGUAAGUAUACCUAUAGGUAUAUUAAUAUUAUUGUUACCUACCGUUAAUACUGCGGCGUACGAUUUAUGUUAACCUUGAUGAUUACGUUCAGUAGGUAUUAUUAUUAGUGUUAAAAUAUUCGACGAUGUGACCGAUAUUAGGAUUAAAAUAUAAUUUAUUUUAAUUGUAUGUAAAUUUGAAUGUAAGUUUCCCGACCACGGAGGAAAAAAAAUACUUGAGUAUUUAAAAAAGUAUCUUUUUACGCCCUAACAUCUUCUUUUGUUUCGUUUUAUUGCCUUGGGUCUCGGCAGCACGUAUUUUUUUUAUUUUUUUUUAUUUUUAUAAUUAUUCAUGAUCUCCGGAGACUAACUUUUAGCAUACAUAUAACCUGUAUAAAAUCCACAGUUUACAACCGUUAAUAUCAGAUUGAAUAAUAUUUUUCACUAUUAUAUUGGUUUCCGCCCUUUUCUUUCGAUUGUCCUAUGAAGUUAUUAAUUUGUUUCCUAUAAUAUAAUAUACUAAAUAUUAUGUAGUAUAAAACGACCUGUAGCCACUAAACAUGUUUUCCUAAAUACAAUUCCUUGUAUCUCGAUAUAAUAGGUAGUAAAUUCCAGUGUUCAAUAACGUCCAUGGUUUAAAAAAAAAAAAUAUAAGCCAACAUAUUGUAAUUUAUUACGUUCACGUGAGUAUUUUGGAUUCUAAAAAAAAAAACUAUAUAGGUUUUACAGCAAUAUUAAUUUGUAUUUUUAGAUUCUGAGAAUGAUCAGUAAUGUACUGGUUUUGCUAUAAUAAUAGAGUAUGUUUUAUUAUUAUUAUUUUUUUUUUUAUGAGCAACUUUUUUACCAGAAAUCAUGUUCCAAAUUUCAAGAGUAAUACCUUUCUGAAAGAAAAUAUUGUCUGAUCGGUGGAUAAAUGAUAAUUUUGUAAUAUUUUCUUUGUGAAAAUUUAGGGAAAACGGGAAAGUUUACGAAAUCGACCGUUUCAUAAUUUCGAGUGUGUUUUUUACAUUCUGAGUGGGACGAAGAAGCUUAUGGUUUUACAAAGAUGUUUAUUUUUUUUUAUCUUUUACCAACUUUUCUACCAGAAGACUUGCUUGGGUUUCUAUGUGUAGCACUUUUUCUGAAAGGAAAUCGGCGUGAGGAGGUACUUUAAAGAAGUCAUUUUUUUGAUUUUCUCAGGAGUUUUCUCAUCAAAUUUGGAAAAUCGAAAAAAAAACGGGAAAAUAUAAGAGAUAUGAUAUUACUUAAAAUAUAUCACGCCUUAUUUUUUUCUGUAAACAACUUUUCUACCAGAAAUUUUGCUUCAGGUACUUUAAAGAAGUAAUUUUUCAAUUUUUCCAUGAGUUUUCCUAACAAAUGUGAAAAACAGGGAUAAAACCUAGGAAAACUGGGAAAAACGUAGGAAAACUGGGUAAAUCGGUACAACAUUAAACAAAUAUUAUUAAAGAAAAUAUAUAAAGUCUAUUUAAUAAUUUUACUAUGGAAUGACAAUAUGUGAAUAUAUUGUUAACAAAGCAUCAAUAUCAACUAAAUUCCACUCAGAGUCGAUUUUUCGUAAGGAAUAGUUUAUUGUUGUUUUUAGGUAUACAUUAAAUUAUCUAUAGCAGUGGCUGCACCUGUCCCCAUUAUCAUAAGACAUCUUUUUUUAUUAUAAUUUGGUUUCUGACAUUUUCAUAUAUAUAUACUAAUAUACUAAUAUUGUCCUAAUUAUAGAUUUUCCACUUAUUUAUAGGUAUUUGAUAAUUUUGAAUUUUUUUUAGUUUUACUUUAUUCUAUGUGGAUAAAAUUAUUUUCACCUUGUAGAAAUGUUUAUAAAUUUAACUCGAGGACUAUCAUAAGUCUCACAUAGUGAUCUAAAUGUUGAGCAUAAUGUAGAGAGAUUUUUUUUAUAAGUAUUUUCAUUUCAAAUUUUAACGAAAAACGUAAAAAUAACAAUUUCAAAACGUAUACAAUCAAAAUUCAUUCAGGAUCGUAAUUUUGUUGGUAAUGAUUAAUCGCUACAUACAAAUAUAAAUUAAGUAACUCUAAGCAUACCUUUCAGAUUUCUUAAUUACAACAGUGGCACAUCCAUCAGUUGUAUCAGCUCUUUUUAUUUUCGUUUGAGACAGUGGACAAGUUCGAAAAGUUUUGUGCACUAACAUUAUGUAUAGGUGAUUUAACACAGCCGCAUUACUUUAAUUCGUGUUUUUUUUAUUUCCUAGUUUAAUGCAUUGAAAAUAAUAGCGUAUACAACGAAACUACGAAUUCACCGACAUGUAUACAAGUUAAUGUUUUAAAACUUAGUUUCUCUAAUUUCCAUGGAGAGAAUUUCUUUUCAAAUGAGACAAUAAUAAUUAAACUACCUACCUACCUACCUAUCUACAUAUAAAUAUUAAAAAUAUUAUAUGAUGAUGUUUUAUCACAAAUUUGGAUGACGAAUUUUAGAAAACAAAUAUCAAUUAUUAUUUUUUACGUAAACUGCAAUUAUAUAAUUAUUAACUCGAUUUCCAUAUAAAUUAUAUACCUCCGUUACCUUUCGAAAUUUACAUCAUCAAAUGACUUUUGAUUGUUUCGAUAUAGGAAAUUUUAUCCUUACAAAGUUGACCUCACUAAAUAAAUAUCUAUCAAUUUGAAUUAACGCCUCCUAAACAAAAUAUUGUUGAUAGGUAGAUACCGGAAUAAUAUUAAAUAUAGUCAUUUAUUUUACAACGAUAAUUGAUGUCUAAUUAAUAAAAAGUAAUUUUUCCAAUACAGUUUAUAAGAUGAACAGAAAAAAUUAUGAAUUAAUUGAAUUUCAUUAAAUUCAAUCGGUUAAAUAAAUCAUGUUUACGCUGUUAAUAAAAAUUAAAUUAAAAAAGGCAUUUGGAUAUUUUAGAAACGAGCAAAUAACAACAGUUUAAUCGCAUUUCAAGAAAUAUAAAUUGCAUUAUAUAGACUGAAAUUCUAAGUUGCAAGUCGUGAUGUCUAUCAAUUAUGAGAAAGAGAAACACACUUUCUGCAGGUAAACCUUUGCGGUUGCAACGAAUUCGUUAUUAUUUCACAAUUGUACACAGCAAACGAAGUAAUAUCCCGAAUACAUAAUAUUAUUGAACAAUGCAUUUUAAAUUGCGUACGUGAUGCAGUGUUAAAAUGGUAUAACGAAUAGAGUACCCCGCACUAAAAACUUUCUUGUACAGUAAUAAUAGCGUUAAACUGACGAUUUAAUCUCGGGCAAUUAAUAUUACAAUAAAUUAGUAAUACCGUUUAGGUUUUUCCAUGAAUAAUCAGGUAAUGUGGUAAUGGUGUAUGUGUAUAAUUUUAUCGUGUAGAGGUUUUAAUUAAAUUCGAGUUGCGAUGUAUGUGAGUUAUGAAUGUGCAUCACAAAUAUUAUGUAGGGACGUGCAUACGUCUUUUUUUGCUUACGACAUACGUUUUUUUAAAUAAAGCUUGUUGUUUGAGGGAGUAUAUUUUAGUUUGACGAUUAAGAUAUUAAGGUUAUUGUCUUGCCUUCCAGUGUUCAACUAAAUAAUAUGGAUCUGUUGGUAGGUUGUUGGAUACCAAAUAUUUCGAUUGCGUUCCAAGAUAAUAGAACAUGGUUAUAACAUUAACAACAUUUUGCCUAUAUUAUUAAAUUUAAUUACCCGCCUUAUCCCUGACAUAAAUACAGCAAAUGAUAACUAACAAGAAAUAUCAAUUAGAAAAAUUGGUAAAACUAAACUUAACUAAACUAAACUAGGUCCGAUGAAAAUUUAUUUUAAAACAAAAUCCAACAAUAUAACAUAUGAUCAAACUUUUUAAUAUUGAAAUAUAUUAGAAUGUUCUAUUGAAUACUAAAAUCCUUAUUUUACAAUUUCCAUAAUCAAGUAAAAAGUGAAAUUUAUUUACCUCGAAAAGUACCUAAUUUUCUAAUUUAAAAUUGUCAUCUUUAAAAUAUGUACGCGCGGAAAUAAUUUAUCAGCUGUUGUAAUAAUUAUUUUAAGUUUAUUAGAAUAUUUCAGUUUUUGACAUAUAAGUAUGUAAAAACUAAAAACAAUUUAGUGCAAUAAUCUCAAUUUUCGGGGAAAAUUCGAAAAAAACAGUUUAAAAGAAAAGACAAAUUUGAUUAGAUUAUUUUUAGAAUACGUAUUAUACCUAUUUUUUGCGAUGAGUUUUUAUUUUGUUCUAAUAAAGAUGUCAAACCCAAAAGAAGUAUUUUUCACGUUAUGUUCAUGAUGUUAAUUCGAAUCAAUUAAAUCACUAAUUACAGAAAAGGGAAAUGUCCAUAAAAUCAAAUUCUAUAAGAGUCACAAAAAGCUAUCACAUAUUCUGAAUUUGUCUCCUUUCUGUACCAAACACUAACUUUAGCGGUAAAUAUUUUUAUAAAAAUAUAUAUUUAAAGGAGAUAAAUAUAAAUUGGGUGAUAACUGAAUUUUCUCAAAAGUGGACAUGUCCCUUUUCUGCAAUUAGUCUAUCAAUUAUUUUAAAUACGAGAUAUGACAACAGAAAAAAUGGUAUUGGCUACAUUAUAAAAACGUUUAGACAACACGAUAUUAAACCCGAUAUUGUAUAUCCAGAAACAUGAAAUAUUUAACACGUUUGUGAUAGUUGUAAUGUGAAAAAUUGACGUUGGAAGGCACUUUCGAAAUAUACUACUGAAUACACUAAAAUCCCCCCUCGGCCCUCACUUCUUUUUAAAUAAAUAUUUAAUAUUCAUAGAAAAAAAAAUGCCGAUUUAAACAACAAAGUAAAAGUCACAUAAUUAUACUGAAGAUUCGGCACACUCAAUAUUCAUCAAACAUAACAAAAUUGGAAGAUUAUAUACUGAUUCAUACUGACUCACCCCAUUUUUAGGGGUAAUUUGGACAUAUAUCCAAAUUUUGAUUUUGGGAAUUUUUAAGUGUAAUUAAAGACAAUACUUUCGUAUUCAUAGAUUUUUCACAACAUUUAAGAAGUAUCAUGUGGCGUACUAACUUUAGUUUUUUAAACAAGAAUGUAUAUUAAAAAUCGCAUAAAUAGUUAAAAAAAAUAAAUGAGAUAUUCCACCUUUAAGUUUAGGCAAGGGACAAAUAGUUUUAUUCAAAUACAAAACGCUGUGCCACUACACAAAUUAUGCUCCGCUACUCUCCUACUACCUAAACUUAAAAAUUAAAUUAAAAUUCCCAAAUCAGAAUUUGCAUACAUUCCCAAUUCACCGCUAAAAAUGAGGUGAGCAUGCUUAAUGAAUUACUUUGUAUAGGUAUAUUAUGUAUAUAAAAGUAGGUAAGCUGUUAGGUUAAUAUGACUAAAAAUAAUAUUAAUGUGUGUACUGUAUACUUUUGUAAUACAAACAGUAAAUAACUUUUAUGACGUAGAAAAAUAUUGUGAACCCUUGGGGGACAUUUUCGCACUUCACCUGAAGAUUAUUAUAUCUAGAAAAUUAAGUAAUAUAUAUAGUGAAUCCAUUUGUUAAGACGUGGAUAGUGUAUGGCAAAAGCCGACGACCACUAGAGAGAAAUACAUUACGACAAUAAUAAAAGUCAACUGAAAUUUUCUACGGGUAGAAGGAGAAUAAGUGGCCUAUAAAUAUAUAGCGUUUGUCCAAAUGACGUUCAAGACGGACUACAAAAACGACGACGUAAGUGAAAAACCGUGUGAAUUAAAUUGUUAUAACAAAUAAUACAUCACGUAGUAAUAUUUUCGAUUUUUUUAUUAUUUACUCAAAUACAGUAGGAUAGUGUUUUAGUAUACAAUUAUUAAUAAAUAUAUAUAUAAAAGUCGUCCCACAAAGAUAUACCCAAUACAAUAUCUCUUAAGAUAAUAAUGAUAAUCAAAUGUUUUUUUUCAUAUUACUCACAGGUAUAAAGACUACAAAUAUUUAUACUUGAAUUAAAUUUUAAUAUUUUAGUAAAAACAACCUAAGAAAUUACUUUUUAAUUUAUUAUUUUCGAAAAACUUGAAGAUAGCCAUUUUAUAGUUUUAAUCUUCUGAACAUUUUGACGUUUCAACUUUUUAUAUUUAUUAAAUUUUUGACUUUAAUCAUUUUUAAAGUUCAGAUGAGUAUCUAUAAUUAUGCAGCACCAAAAAAAUUAUAAUUUUUUUAUUUGUUUAGAUAGAUAUACUAAAAUUAUUAAUUGGUUGCGAAUACCAUAUAAAAACACCACGAACUUAGACCUAUUUGAAAUUCCCCAUUACAACACCAACUGUAGAAACAAUACAUUUUUUUCAAGGGCUCUUGUUUUGCCAUUAGGAUUUCCACCACAGUUGGUUUUUAUUACUUCCUCAAAACACAUUUAAAUUUAAGGCCUUAAAAUUAGUAAGAUUAUUAUAUUAAUUUUAACUAUGAUAGAAAAUAUUAUAUGCUGUAUAUAUAUUUGUUGUCUUUAGUUUUAUCUCAAAUGUUACAAUUAAUUACAUAGUUCUGUAAAAAGGACAUUUGCCCGUAAACAACAAUAAAUACAUAAAAUAUGAUUGAUAUGAUUUUUAAUAAUUUGACAAUAUUUUAUAUAAUCUCAGAAGUAAGACGAAACUAGUAAUUACGAAUAUAUUUUAACACUUUUAAGCCUAUGUUUUCCAUCAUUGUAUGAUCUAUCAUACUCGUAUAUGAAGUGCAACAUAAUCUCCAAUCAAUAAGAAGAUAUUGUUUACAAGUGAUUCAAAAUGCCAGUAGGUACUGCGAAAACGACGUUUUCAUAUUUCAAACUGAUGUUAACGUUUUAUGGAGUAAAAUAUUCGCGUACCUACCUAAAGUAAAAUCAAUAAGAGACACAAUAAAGCCUCAAACCUCAAAUAUCGUUUAAAUUUUACGUUUUGGCAUUCAGUAGGUACUUUUGAAUAUUAUGGUUUUUCCUGCAAAAUCAAAUUAUCAUAAAGUUGGUAUUAUUUUUUAUAACCAUUACAUCACCACUAAAGGCUGUUUUGUUCGGCCGUAAUUUUCUAAUAUCUCGAAUAUACGUUAUUUUUUACUUUAGAAAAUAUUGUCUGUAAAGUAAAUCGAUUUUGGUUUUGUAACUAUAACCUUAUAUUAACCGCUUCAACAGUUGCAAGGUUUCAACAGAUUUUCGACAAUAUUAUAAAAUAUUUACGAGUAGGUAAGGUAUCUUCCUAUAUACUGAAACGGUUGAUUUAUUAAUCACAGCAACACUUCGUUGAUACCAGUAACGACUAGACAGGUACCUAUGGGAUUUAUUCAUUCAUUUAUGACGUGCAAGACUAUGUAUAUAUAAAUACCUAGUCGUAUUAAAGAUUAUGGUUAGCGAAAUUAAAAAUGUAUAUAACAGCAGUCUCGUAAAUCAGUGAAGUUUUUACCGGCAGAAUUCGAAAUCCACUAGAUUCGGAAUCCCUUUUCUAUUAUUUCACGAGCAAAGCGUAUUAUACAACCAAUCUACUAUACAAUAGCAUAGUAAUGAUUUUAUUCUGGGGCUUAUUUUUUAGGUAAACUUCCUGUGGUCUCUACUCCACAUACUAUAUUAAUAUGUUGUGUAAAUGUGUUAAAUAAAAAUACUACUCCUGCACUUGAUGCUCAUUAAUAAUAAAACACCAUGUAAAAUUGUAAAUUUAUAAUUAUAAUUUUACGAAGAAAAUCGUAAAUCUAUUCUGUUUUAUCUAUUUGUGAAUUUUGCUGAUAUAAUUUUGUUUUUUAGAUUCUAGGUACAGCGAGGCAUGUAUAAUUAGACAGGCUUUUUCCUAUGUAUUAACAACUUCUCUAACAGUUAUUUUACUCCAAUUAUCAACAUCAGGGGUGGUUUAGUGGUUGCAUCUCUGAUAGCAAAUUUUGUCUAAUUGGUGUAUUUAUGAAUACAAUUUUUGAUAUUCUUUGUAUUAGGUUUGAAAGUCGGGAAUAUUUGCAUAAUAAUUGUUUCGAUUUGUGAACUAUUAAUAGGCAUUAUGCAUUUUUAGAUUUUUUUUAUGAUUACAAUCUUGUUUAACUGAGCCGAAGUUCUUGAAAAUUGAACACGAGAUUCAUCAUAGGUUUAUAUACAAUAUUAGUGCAAAAAAAAGUUGAGCAAUAAAACAUAGCAGUAUCAGCUCGUUUUUUACAAUAAAAAAGUUUCUGUAAACAUAUCAAAAUCGCAUCCUGUAUAUAUUAUACAUCACCCUGUAUAUUAGUGUUAUACAAACGUAUUAUAGGCCUGUACAGUCAAUAUUAAUUAUAAACGAGCGCUAUUAGCAAAUCGACUGUACACCUAUACAUUAUCAAUAACAAAGUUCCCUUUGAUACCCCAACCCCACCUACAAUCAUCAUCACGUCCCUUUCACACUCGGCAGGUUACAAUAUAAUAUAACUUCGUUAUUGGUUGUAUGGAGUUUAUACAGAGUGAUCCAUUUAUCACCAACAAGCAAUUUCCUCAGAGGAUUUUAUGUAAACUGCAUUACUAUUUUUUUUUUUUUUAAUUAUGUAAUAAUUAUUAAGCUUUAUUUUACACUAUUGAAAAUUUUUACCCCUGUACCUUAUGCCUUAAAUUAAAUACCUAUACACAUUUUAUUUUAUAUAGGGACUACCCCGUUUAAACAUUGGUUCAAAAAGAAAUUGCUUUUCUAAGCAUUUUAAUAUGCAUGACAUUAAUAAUAUUAGGUUUGACAUUUACGGGUUAUAAGUUAUAACAGUUAAACAUUUAAAUCGAAGGAGUAGGGAAGGACAAUAUACUUCAUAUCUGUUUUUAUACAAUAAGUUGAUAACCCUUCCUUACUCCUCCGGUCAAAAUAUUUAAACAGCUAUAACUCAUAAACAUUUAAUCUGUACGUACUCCUACACUAUAACUAUUUCUGUUUUCGAUAACAUCGGUAUUAAACUUCGUUCGAUAAACUUCUGACGCUAUCGUUUGAUCGAUAAUAAUUCACCAAUAAAACGGAUCAUACGUUUAUACAGAAUGUAUGUACAAUAUUGUCUAUACAAAAUGAAUUAUAUUAUGAUUCACUAAGCGUGUUCACCAAAUUUGUUUGGUUAAAUUUUGAAUACAUUCAAAUUCUAAUUUUUGGAAUUUUUAAAUGUAGUUAUAACCGAUAUUUUAGAAUACUUAGAUUUUUCACAACAUUUUGGGAGAAUCCUGGCGAUAUUAACUUUGGUUUUUCAAAUGAAAACCUAUAUAUUAAAAAUUCAAUGGACAGAAUAUUACUUUAAAUAAAUUUUGGAGUCACCAUUUUUGAUUUUCGUCAUCCCGUUAACGAGAUAUUCCACUUUUAAGUUUUGUUAGGGAGAAGAGUAUUGGAGUACCAUUUGUGUGUCGACAUGGCACAUGGCCUUUUAUUAAUUCUCCACUACUCUCCCCCUACCUAACCUUAAAAAUGUAAUAUCUCGUCAAUGAGUUGACGAAAAUUAAAAAUGUUGAUACUAAAAUGUAUUUAAAAAAAUACUCAUAAUACGUAUUUAUGAAAAUAUUAAUAUAGUUCUCAUCUGAAAAACAAAAGUUGGUAUCGCCACAGGAUACUCCUUAAAUGUUGUAAAAAUCUAAGUAUUCGAAAAUAUCGGCUUUAACUACACUUUUUAAGUGUAGUUUUUUGUGUAGUUAAUUUUUAAUUCCAAAAAACAAAAUUUGAAUAUAUGCAAAAUUUAACCGAAAAAUGGGAUGGGCACGCUUAAUUAAUCGUAUUAAUUGUAUACUUUUUUUAAAGAAAAUUGUUGUAAGUCGACAUCAUCAAUGAUAUAUUAUAAAAAUUCUAAAAUUAUUAUAGAAAAUAUUCUGGAAUACGAAAAAUAUAUUAUGGUUAUUUGAAAUAAUAUUUAUAUUUUAGUUUUACCAAAAAUAUUACUAAUAAAACAAAAGCAAAACAAAAACUGUUCAAUCGCGUUUAUUUCAAAAAUAUAUUUUAUUAUAAUAUUAUAAUUUUCUUUUUUUUCAGUAGUAAAAGGCUUACCGUGUACGGUGUACAAUAAGACCUACGACAACGGAGAAACGUUCAGGCUAGAUUGCAGAACACAGUGUACCUGUCAGGUAAUUGUUUUAUAAUAUUUUUUAUAAUAUAGGUACAUGUAUUUCCAUGGUGUAAGACAUAUAUGUAUGUUUUAGUUUUUGAAAGAGUGGGAGUGUAUAUAUGCAUAGCCCUAACUACCGAGUCUAGCUCUCAGUAUAUAAAACGUUUAUUUGUAUACCAUACAAAAUGUAUUUUAUUUCAUCACUCGUAUAAUAUAAUCUUAAAAAAAAAAAAUUCACAGUGUACAGUUAAGUAAACCCUUUUAUUUCCACCAAAAUAGUAAGUGUCAGCGAAGUAGUGCUAUACUAUGAAAAAAAAAACAAUAGGUUUUCCACACAUUAUUCUAUAGAAACACAUACAAAAAAAAGUCCUUCAACAAUCAACUCCAGUUUCAAGAGACUUGUAUAGUUAUUAAGAAAGAGUAUAUUUAUUUUUACAAAGCGCGACAUAUUUUUUGAAAUAUAGGUACAUUUUUUUUAACGUAUUUGAACCUACGUAACUUGGCCAUUUUAUAUGGUCAGACAUUUAGAAAAAAUAUACAGUUUUAAGUGUAUAUUCAGUUUCCUAUACAGUUUCCUUCUGUUAACCUUUUAUUAUUGUGAUUUGUGAUCAGUAUAAUAUUAUUAUCACAAGCUUUAGAUGUUAAACAUUGCAAAUUUUUCACUGGCCAAACGAAUAUGCAUCAAAUAUUUCAUUGACAAAACAUUGUUCAAUAAAAUUCUAAAUCAGUACAUGCGAAUUUAUUAUGUGCUUGUGAGACUUGAAAAAUAAAAGGCUGAUACUGCUGAUGGGUAUGCAGUUUUCACAGUGGCACUGUUUUAAGGGAGAAGUUGGAAGGGAAAAUAUAUAGAGUGGGUUACUCAAUUGUUAUCUAUAUGUAAAAAUAAUUCUGAGCUAAAUGUUAUUAGUCAUAUUUUUCCCUCUUUCCCACAGAAACCUAGAAAUCAACAAAAACCAUAUCAAAAAUGUACAUUUUUUCUGAUUUAUUAAGAAAACUACAAAGAAAAUACCUCCCUAAUGCUUCAACUAGAACAAGACUAGAAUAGUUAAUGUUAAUUGGUGCAACAUUUCUUGUAGAAAAGUCGUUUAUAAAAGGUAAUAUCCAUCAUCCAUUAUCAUCAAUUAUUAAAGGCUAAACAUUUUCGUUGAAGCCACUCUGGUAUCUGUUUGAUACCAUUUUCUUCAAUAAAACAAUAAACGUACAUAAUAUCAUAGUAGUAAAGCUAAUACAUUUCACACUUCGAUCAGAAUUAAAAACGAAAUUCUAUGAAUUACAAACGACUAGUGCAGUCGCGUUUUACAUUUUGACUGUGAUAUACCCGAUGAUGAAUUUUUAAUUCGAAAUCGGCCGUAUAAUAUAUUUAUAAUACUCCAGGAGACGCAUUUAUUCAUUUAUAUUUUUUUUACUAUAUUUAUUUACGAAUAAAUUUUAAUAGUUUUUAUAAAUUGUGUUUUCUUUAUUAUUUUAUUAUUUAUAAUUUUUUUAAAGCAUACUGGAAAAAUAAAACAAUUGGCCAUCACGUAAACGAGGAUUGUACAAUUUAUAAUUGAAUUCGCACAAAAAUUAUUAUGCGUAGAUACUUUAGAUAUAUGAUAGUAAACAUGUUUAACAAAAUAAAAUUAUCAAAACUGAUACGUUUGAUUAUGCAAACAAUAAUGUUUUAUAUUUUAGGUACUCGUAUCGCGUACUACAAUGCUUCUGCCUAACCGACUAAUACAUUCAUUUUUUUUUUUUCCUUAGGUUUAAUAGCAUAAAAAUUAUUCUAAGUACGUUUCGAAAUUUCGAAUUGCAAACAAAUAGCCUGGAAGUAAAUUUAUACUCGCACUGUUUAGGAUAAAAUGAUGUAUUUUAAACGGGAUUAAUAGGUAUUGUUCGACGAUAAAAUAUAAUAUUAAAUGGCGUUUUGUAGAUUAUAAACGGGUAUGUUUUUCACGUAUUAUAAAAUAUUAAUAGUGGUCGGAUUUACAAGAGUGUAUAGUAAUAAUUUCUUAUUGUUAACUAUAAUAAUAAUUUGGAUUGGAUUUUCUAGAACGGAACCUACGCUUGUGCGUCAUUGUGCCCACAAGAAAACAUAUCUCCUCAAGGCCUAUGCAGACAUCCCCGACUAGUCGAAGUGCCGGGACAAUGUUGCAGGGAAUGGAUGUGUGACAAUGUAAACAGUAAGUUUUAUAUUAUCAUCGAAUUUAUCCGAAAUAAUAAAUAUAUGAAUAUCAUAAUAUUCGCAGUGUUUCGAAAUUUAAACAAUAUUUUUAUUUUAGUAAGAGAUCGUUUUCAGUUUUCUGAAAAGCAUAGAAAGAUAAUUAUGAUAAUUCAUAGUAAUAAUAUUUCUAAAAGGUUCAGAUACAAUAUUUAAAAAGGUAUUCAACAUUGUAUAGGUAUGAAGUUAAGGAAUUCGAUCUAAUCUAAUUUUUUGAAUAUGAGAAAAAUAAUAUUGUAUUGUAUAAAACCUACAAUUAUGAAGAAUGUAUAAACUACCAAGGUGAUUAGAAAAAAAAUAAUUAUUAAGAAUAAUGAUAUAAUAUUCUUACUAUCUACAAAAUAUAUUUACUUAAAAUAAUAUUAAGCAAAAUAUACUACCUAUGUCGUUACCAAUAUUAUAUUUUAGGUAAUUUUAUCUAGAUAAUCCUAACACUGAAAAUGCGUAAAUAUACUGAAGGAUCAUAAAAAAAAAAAAAUUAUAAAACUAAACAAAUUAAAUGUAAAAUACGAGGUAUGGCUAUUAAAUAACGAGACUAAUCGCCUAGAGGGCACCCUAGAUAGGUAGUGAAAAAAAUGAUUAAUGCGUUGGGUAUCUAAAUAUCUUAUCUAUGCGCAUACCAAAACACGUUUUCGUCACUAUUAUAGUAUUUGUGCAAUAGUGGUUUGAAACGAACGUGUUUUUUUCUCGUGCCGAAAACCAUGUGUAACGAAAAACAUGAGCAACGGAUAAACGUAAAAUUUUCUCGUUAAACUAAAAAAAAACUCCAACUGNAGUUGUUAAAAGAGGCCUAUAGUGAGGAUUUCCUAUCUCGGGCGCGUGUUUUUGAGUGGCAUAAAUUAUUUUCUGAAGGUCGAGAGUGCACCGGAAUCCAAUUCAGUCGUAAUCCAAAUUCAAAACCAUGCUGAUCGUUUUCUUCGAUAUCAACGGUAUCAUGAUGACUGAAUGGGUUCCAGAGAGUCAAACUGUGAACCAACAUUACUAUUUGACAGUUUUGGCAACAUUGCGCGAAUGCGUUCGUAAGAAACGGUCGAUAUUAGAAUAUGGAUAUGGGCACCUGCCCAUAACGCGCUGUCUGUGAAGCGUUAUUGAGGCGUAUAUAUGAGGCUGCUUAAGGCACUCCAGUACUCAAACAUGCGUCUUACUCACCCGACUUGGCACCCUGCGACUUAUACUUGUUUCCGAAGAUAAAGUCUGCCUUAAAAGGAAUCCGGUUUGAGUCGAUGGAAGAGGUGAAACAAAAAUCGGCGGAACUCCUGAAUGGUCUUACGAAAACAGACUUCCAGCACUGCCUCGAGCAAUGGAAGAAACGAAUGAAACGGUGUGUGGCGAGGGAAGGGGAGCAUUUGAAUGUAGAAUAACUUUUAUAAUAAAACACAUUUUCGUAACCAGUCUCGUUAUUUAAUAGCCAUACCUCGUAUAAUCGCAAUAUUUUUAAUUGAAUGAAAAAACUAUAUCAAACGUUGGUAUGACGUUAGAAUGGCUCUAAUUGGAAAAAAUUAAAGUGGUAGAUUUAAAUAAUAAAAUUAGCGAAUUGGUUGUAAGAUAACCUGUUUUAGUGUUUUUACCUAUCUUAGUUUUAGAGGCCGAAUAAACCUAAAAUAAAAAUAGAAGAAGAAUUCAUCGACAAAAAAAAGUCUAAAUAAAAAAAAACUAUUUCUACAUUUCAACACCACAAUCCUCAGCCAAAGAGUUUCAUUAGAAGGGAGCCUAUACAUAAACCAGUAUGUUUUUUCUUUCUCUACCGAUACGUGAUGGGGUAUUUUCAAGAAAAAAAUUGUCUAUUACGUCUCUAGAUAUGAAAAAAUAAUUAAAUAAAUCGGGUUUUCAACCGAUUUAUCGAUUAAUUUCAAAAUUUGUUUUAAAUUGGUAGCAUAAUUAUUAUAUCAGAGAAUCGGAUAUCGGUAAAAUUGGCAUCGGUCUAUCCCUAGAUUUCAUAAACAGAAACGGGUUUAUACACCCACACUGUAUAAUAUUAUGAAACUUGUCAUUUACUUACGUGAAUUCGAAUAUAGUAAGUAUAGAAAAAAAAAAGUAAACGAAUGUCCGAAAAUUGAAAGCGGGACUCUAUUCGAUAUAAUCGUAUUAUUUUACCGCAUCGUCGGGAAUUCAGAAUAGCUAUUUCUCCCCGUAAAACCGCAAUUAUUAUUUUCAAAAAGGAAACUCUAAAAAGGAAAUGUAAAUUUUAAAACAUUUAAGAGAGAGUCUCACUGCCGAUUGAACCACUGUAUCUACGAGCCUUUAUGCGACGUCACGUUCGAUUUUAAAAGAACCCUCGAACCGGAAUUGUACACGCUGCUACAGCGACGGCUGCCGCAAAGGUAGAGAGAGAGCUUUUAAAAACCAUCGCGUGCACACGAGUGGAUAGCACUUAAAAAUGUUCCGCAAAUAAUUCUCUCUGUCUCACCAUCUUUUUCUUUCUCUCAUCCCGUAAGUACGUUAUGUGCACCCCACUUAAUAAAUAUGCACACGACUGGGUCUCAGGAUCCGAAAAAGUCGGAUAGAUGUCUCUCUUCGAUAAACCUGAAUCUUGCGUCAUUAUUAUAUUACCGUCGUUGUCUCUUUCAUUUAAGAAUACCGCAAAAAAGGUCUACGGGGAAAUAAAAAAAACCAAAUGAAUCGGAUAAACCUGCCGAAAAUACCGAAAAUAUUGAUUCCUCCUUUUCUCCUCCCGACAAGUUUAAAGAAUGCGAAGAUUCUACUAUAUAAUAUAGUAGUGGUUAUUAACUAAUUUGAAUUUUCCUCCACUAAAUUAAACGAAUCAUUUAACUGUAUUUUGAAAUCUCUCUUCUUCUUUUCUUGGUGAAACUACUAUCUGAGAGUCUUGGCCGCCACUAUAAUAUCAUGUUAUCUGUCUUUCUCUACUCCAUCAAACCAUCUUUUUCUGAAUUUGCAUCAUGACCUUUUCCCUUAAAGUACCCAUUCAAGGGUUUCACUGAAUGGUUCGUUUUCUUUUCUAUGCAUGAUAUGCCCAAGUUAUUUUAUUCUCUGAUCUCUGACAAAGUUAAUUAUCGUUCCCAUUUCCAACAUAUUCGGUUAUUCCCUAUUGUAUCUCAUCUGCCAUUCUCCCAUUCUCCCAACAUCUAAUAUGGGUUCACACAUUUUUCUUUAAACUUUAUUUUCAAAAGUCCUCAGCUUUAUAUCCGUCGUGUUGGUCGUUUUCCAGGCAUCACAUGUGUACAUUAAAGUUCGCCUCAUUAUAAUUACAUAUAGUCUGACUUUUAUUCUUUUUGACAUCGUGGAGUUAGGCAGCAUUUUGAAAUAGCAGAAUAGAAAAAACCAAAUUCCUUAAAAAUCCGUAGCUUAAUUUUAUAGUAAUAUUAUUUAUUGAACUUUAUACGGGUUUAAUCCAAUUCAAUGUUUUCAUAACAAACAAACUAAAAUUACAGUUAAUUCUUAAAUUAGACAUUCAAUAUAAAAUGAAAUAUGUUAAAUAAUAAUAAUUAAUUAAAUAGUGAAUAAUUAGAUCUCAUUAAUUAGUCUCAUCAUUUUAUACAUAGGAUUAUUUUAUUAUUUGAUAAUGUAUUUGACAAAUAGGGAUUGAAUAGUAAUAAAAACUUUGAAAGUUAUCUUUGUCAAAACUAGAUCUUUUUUCUGAUAUUUAGAUCUAUGGAAUCUAGAUGGCCAUUCACCAAUUGAUGUAUUGUACAACUUAUUAAAAAUAAGAGCAUUACCUAUGCAAUUAUAUCAAUCUUUUUCGGUAUUUUAAUUUUUAAGCAAGAUAUAAACAUGUUUAAAUUGUUAUGUUUCACAUGAACUCAUAUCAGUCCAUAUUUCGUUUAAAAAUUAAAAUAUCAAAAAAAACUUCUAUCGUUGCAUAGAUAAUGAUUUAUCUUUAAUGUUUAUUAUCAGUUAAUUCAUUCUAAUAUUAAAAUGUACAUCGCAAUGUUGUUUCUGUACAACGCAAAUUCACCAUGUCAUAUACGUUUGUAGGACAAAGGCAACACAUGCGUGAAUAUCACGUCUUUUAAAGACUGUAUAAUUUAAAAUAUAAUUUAUGCAUAUCAAUGAAUAAAGUAUAUUGUAUAAAAUAUAAAUACAAAAAAAGCCAAAUUAAAAAUUUGUAUUUUGGUCGAAAAAAUAAUGCAUUUAAACUAUUAUAUUAUUAUUUUCAUAAUACCAAAAAAAAGUAUGUUUUUAUUCUAAAUAAAUAUAAAGUAGGUACGUAAAUGUGUUAACCGGAUAAGGUUUUUUUUUAUACAUAAUAUAUUAGGUACCUAUGUAUAUAUAAAAACUUUUGUUUAAAAAUAAAAAUAAUACACUUUGCUUAUACUCUAAAGAAAUAUAAUAAUUCAUUUGCAUAAUGGCAUAUUCUUUAAAAUAUUACUGCACAUUAUUUGAAAAAAAAACUGUAUAAUAUAAACUUGCACAUAUAAUUAUAUUGUUUAAAAUUAUUUUUAAAAAAGCUCGGCAUACUUUGAACCAAGGUUUGGAAAUUAACGAGUUAAAAGAUUAGUAAUCAAGUUAAGUUAAGUUAAUUUUAACUUUUAACUUAUCUUAACUCAAUUUAUUUUUGUUUACAUUAACUUAAUAAAUAACAAUUUAAACUUGAAUUACAUCGCGUUAAGUUGAUUUAAAUUUCUCUAAAUUUACAAUCUCUACACGUUUAAUGAAUAGAUAUUAUAUACAUUUGUAUAAAUUAUUUAUUAAACAUUUUUAAGUAGAUUUAAAUUGAAUUAAUUUUGUAUUUGUUUGUAACUAUGAAACAAAUUAGUCUUUCCUAUUUUUUGACAACUUUUAACAUACUUUUGUACUUAAAACGCUAAUAACAAUAAAUAUCAAUAUUUACAUCCAUAUUUUAUUAAUACCAGCGGAAUAUUUAUUAAAAUUAUAUCACGUCUAUAACGUACUAAUAUAAUUAUACUAUCGAAAUUUCAAGCCUCUACGAUCAUUUCCUACUAAAAUACGACAAUAGGUAAAAUAAAAAUAACAGAAAUUGUAAAUACUUCCGUUUUUCCUACAAGUGUUUUCCCGGUUUCUGCUCAUUAAAAUAAAACUAUGUAAAGAAAAUUAAAAAAUAACCCUCGGAUAUACUAACUAUAGGAACAAUUUUCUAUCAGAUAAUGUUGUUUAAUGGAUCAAGAUUUCCAACGGAACAUUUCACAGACAUUAAAUAUAAAAUAACAUAAAUAAUUAGUUUUACUAAUGAUUUUACUUUUAUAUUGUAGUAAAACCAAUAAAUUACUCACUUCUGUGAAAUUCAGAAUAAAAGAUAUUCAAACGUCGAACAAUAUUAUAAAAAAAUUUAGUUUUCAAAAAUUCAGCUGUUUAGUUUUGAUGUUGCUGUUAGGUUUUGGAUAUCAACAUAUUUAAAUUGACUGACAGGAUAAUGGAAUUUGUUUGUAAUAUUAUGAUUGUAACAACAUUUUUUCGUAUAUUAUCAAAUAUAAUUGGCACUUUAUCCCUGGCAUAAAUUUAAAUCGUGGUAAAUAAGAACUGAUAAGUGGACUUUCAAACGGACAAAUCGGUCAAAUUUAACACUGAACGUAAUGAAAAUCCAAUAAUUAUUUUAUUAUUAUUAUUAUUAUUAUUAUCGAGUUUUGGAACGUAUCAUCAUUUAUUGUUGAAUUUUGGAAGGCAUCGCUAAUAUUAAAUUACAAUAUUACGAUUUUAACCACGCGAUAAAAAUUAAUAAAUAAUAGUAGUAUCAUAAUAUAAUUUUCGAUUUUAGACAGUGCCUACGUCAAAAUUAUAUUUUAAAUACGAAAACGCUACCAGUGCGGUUCGGAUGAUUCGAUUUGAUAUUUUCGCGCGACACAAAUUUCGCAUAAAUAAAAUACGGAAUUUUCGGACGUAUACAUAUAAAGAUCACGCGUCUCCGAAACUCGUCCAGUAUACGCGUAAUAUGUUUUAUUUGUGGGCGGGAAACUGUUCCGCAGCUAUAAGACGGUAAUUAAACAUACAUAAGUCACACAUACCAACUAAAGUCUUGUUAUACUCGAUGCACACGUAAAUGUACGCUUAGCAUCUGAACUAACGCGCCGGAAACGUGACGGGAUUAAAACUUAAAUUGGUGCGCAGCGCGCAUAUGCAAAGGAUUCGUAAAGGAUUUGAAUCAUUUAGCGACACGGCGCGAAGAAAACGCGUUCAAAUUAACGUUUCUUUUACCCCCCACCCUCCUCCCCAGGCGUAUUUCUUUUCUUUACGCUCUUUUUUUUUCUUUUUUAAAACACACGUUGUUUGUUUUACGUCUCGUUAAUAAUUCCUACGUUUCUCCGUCGCCACCAACUCAGAUGGACCGGAAAAAGUAAUGGCCGGCGAUGAAUAAUUUAUAGUUUAACAGUGUAUUUUGUGCAUUUUUAAGGUCCUUGUCACUUCGGAACACUAUACCGUGCCCGGGCACUGAGAUUGAAUUCAAUCGACCGACUAAGUCUCGCGUGCACGCCGAACAUGCGAAAUUGAUUGAUAAACCGUCUUGGUACCGACAAGUCUGGGACAAUUGAUGAGAUUAAAAUGCCAACGAUAUAAAUCGUUAAGAGUUUUACUUGAAGAUGAAAUAAUAAUAGGACAGAUUAUAUUAUUAUUUACGAUGUAGUGCAAAUAAAAAAAAUAACGAUAAUAUCGCUAAAACAGCCGUACGCCGCGACGACGUAGCAUGAUAAGAAAUACAAAAAUAUUAAUAUUUUUUUUUUUUUAAAACAAAAUGCUUGAUUAGAACAUUCGUAUUGUUAUUAUUCAAUAUAAUUCUGUACAGGUAGUUUAAAGUUCGAACAUUACGUCUUAAAAUAGAUAAUGCAUUAAAAACAUUCUUAAGGUUUUCCUGAAAUGUCUAGACUCCGCGAAAAUAUUUAUACUUUUAUUUUAUUAUCGUUGGUUAAAGAAUCUCUUACUAUAGACUCUAUAGCCUUCUUUACAAGUUCUUGGUCCACUAACACCAAAUAAAAAAUUAGCAAUUAAUUAGAAGUAAUAAUUUAUAAUGUAUUUUAGAUUCUGAGUGGAGCGAAGAAGCUUAUGGUUUUACAAAUAUUUGUAUUUAAUUUUUUUGUUUAUUCUGUGGACAACUUUUCUACCAGAGAUCUUGCUCCGAUUUUUAAGUAGAGCACCUAUUUAUAAAGGAAAUUGGUGUGAAGAGGUACUUUAUGGAGAUUAUUUUUAAAUUUUCUCAUCAAAUAUAAAACUGAAAAAAAGAACGGGGGAAAAAAGUAAGAAAUGUAGUUAUUAGUUAAACAAAUAUUACGGUCUUUUUUUUUCUGUGAACAACUUUUCUAUCAAAAAUGUUGCUUCGAUUUUCAAGUGUAGCGCCUUUUCUGCAAGAAAAUAUGACUGGAGUGGUACUUUAAGGAAGUCAUUUUUUGAUUAACCUAAGAGUUUUUAUAAUAAAUGGGAAAAACGUGGAAAAAAGCUGGGAAACAAGGAAAAUUUACCAAACGUAUUAUUUUCGUAAAUAUUACGGCCUUCCAAAACAUAUACAACCAAACUCCGCUCAGAGUCGUUUUUCGUUAGCAACGAUUAAUCGUUACGUACAGAUAUAAAUACAUUCAAUUUCUUCCCUACCUUCGCAACUUCUCACAUACAACGGUGACUCACCCAUCGUGCGAAGUAUAUCCGUUAUUUUUUUUUGAAGUGGAGGGACUCAAUUUAAAAUUAUUUUUAUCAUGUGGUCCCAGCUUGUCCUAUCUCUAGGCAUUCGUAUAGAUUGCACACACAAAUUACACGAUAAAACAAUUUUAAAACGUUUUAAAUGUAGUGCAAAGUUUUUAAGUUGUGAAAUUGUGUUUGCCUAAUAUUUAUUUGUAUUUAAUAAUUUACAAUAAACUCAAGUGCCACUCCAAGUGACAAUAACAAAGAUGGAGACAAAUAUUAAUUAGAACAAACAUUUUUUUUUUUUUUUAGUCAAUCUAUUUUUUUGAAUACAAUCAAUCAAUAUUUUGUCCUUAGUGGAAAAUACAAAUAAUUGUUACUAGCAGUUGACACUAUGCACUACCGCAAGGAAACCUACAAGGAGAGGUAGGGAGUGACAUCUACCCCCUAGCUUUCCAAAAAGUUAAAAUAAUUAUAUCCAAAUUCAAUAUCUUAAAAUCCCAAAAUUUAUUGUUGGUACCAAGCUGUAUUUAUCAAUUAAUAUUAAAUAUUUUUAAUUUGACGACACACAGACAUAAAGACCAGACUUAAUUUUAAUGUUUUAUUGUACUAUUACUACGACAUCUGAUUUCUUUUCUAUUAAUUAUAUAAUGUAUGAAUAAUAAAUCAGUCUCUUAUAGGUUCAGUCUAGUAUAGUCUGAUUCGGUCUUAUUUAUUAAAAAAAAAAUAAUAAACGGUCCAGUCUGAUCUAGUCCCAUGUUUUAUUCCAUUAGUCCGGUUCGGCCCUGGUCUUAAUUUGACUACACUGAUCCGUUCCGGAUUUUAAAAACCGGAUCGUGGUGCACGAAUCUAAUACAGACUCAUCAUCGAUGAAAUAACAAGCAACUGUCGAGUACUAAUAACAUAUCAUUUAAGAGUGAUUUAAUGACCACAUAAUUAGAGGAUAUGAAGACGAGAAGGUUAGAGCAACUAUGCAAUGGAAACAUCAAGGAAGAAGACCAAGAAGAAAAUCCAGGAAAAAGUAGAUUGACGUAUUAGAACAGGAUUUAUAAAGCCUGUGAGUCGAAAACUAUAGAGAGGAAAUUCAAAAUAAAAACAAGUGACCUAGUGUAAAGGGGGAACUUUUUAAAGAGUAAUCAUGGCAUUAGAAGGGAAAGAGAAAGAGAAAAUAUUAAUUAAUUUAAAAAUGAAUAUGUUGUCAAUGUGUUUAUAAUAUAACAACGUAAUAUAUUAUAUUACUUUAAUACAUUAACGUUAACAUUAUAUUGUAAUUCAUUAUUAUUAUUUUUUUUUUUUUAGUGGAAAGGCCGCCAAAUUGUGAAGCGUUGGUCACGCCGUGGUCAGAAUGUUCAUCAGAGUGCGGUUUGGGUCUUUCGAGGCGCAUGUCCAACGCAAACGAAGCGUGUAAACCCAAUAACGAAACCAGACUUUGUCAGAUCAGGCCAUGUCACUCACCACCACUGGUGAACGCUAAAUACGCGAGACACCAUCAUAUUAGAGUGAGUACAUUACAAGUUGAUUGAAUUUUUCUCUUUGAUUCAUUAUAUAUUGGUAUAGAAUUCAUCUUAAACUUUUAAAUAUAUUUCAAUACAACAGGCUUUUUAAAGAAACUAAGAAACUCUUUUUAUUCAUUUUACAUUCUGAACGGAGUGAAAAAUGUAUUCGUUUUACAAUGGUGUGUGAUUAUUUUUUUUUGUACUAGAAAUCUUGCUCUAAUUAAAAAACAAUUAUUUUGGAUCUACUUAGUACAUUGAAGAGGUCAUAUUUUGAUUUUCCAAACAGUUUUCUUAAUAAUGAGGAAAUUAAUUAUUGUGUUGCAUUAAAAUCAUAUUUUGACGAAAAUCAUGAAAAUUACGGUAUUUCCAAAUAUGUUUAACCAAACUUCGUUCAGUAUCGUAUUUCAUCAGCAAUGAUUUAACAUUAAAAACGAUACACCAAUACAUCGUCUCAUUUUCAAACUUUCUUCACUAUUUUUAGCAAGUACACUAUCAUAUUUUAUAAACAAAAUUAUCAGGACGCACACGGCCGCUGAAUUUGAUUAAUGCAAUUAAAACUUAAUUCACUUAUACGAAUCCCGCGUGUAUGCGUGCUUUAUAAUAAUAUGUAAGCCACACGUUCAUUAAGAUUUAAUAUUAUACACAAUGGGUAAAACAUUAUAGUAUAAUACAUCAUAUUAUAAUAUCUACGAGUCACUUUCACAGCAAAUCAUAUGUUCGGCAUUCGAAUAUUCGCGUAUGAAUACGAUAAUAAUAAAUAUUAUAAAAGUCUUCCUUUGUAUUUCUUUUUAAUAUUUAGAAGUAGAUAUAAUGAAGAAGAAAUAAUUAUUUUUGAUGUUUAACUUUUAAAUAAUAUAAAUUUUACAUCUCUAUAGUUAAAAUUUAUCAAUUCAUGUAUACUUAAUUAAGCGAUUUUGAAUAAUACUAUUCAAAUGUAUAACUAUACAUAAUACACAGGCAAUAUAAAAACGAGUAUGAUAAAUUAAAAUAGGACAAAUAAAAAAAAAAAUUCCAUUAAUUUCGUAAUAUUUUAGUGAAUUGUUAAAUUAUUUUUUGUAUACUUUUUACGUACUCAAAAAAUGAAAUUAAGAAUAAGCGAUUUUCUAGUCAUUUUUAUAAUCCAAAUUAAAUAAUUGAUAAAAAUAGUGUUUGGAGAGAACAUGUCCACUUACUCAUCACAUAUACGUUUUUAAUAAAUAAUUGAUUAGGUUUUUUACCGUUUUUAGUUGAAUAUGUUUUUUUUCAUAUGUAGUCUUUAUUAAUACCUACGUCCUACAUAAAGUUUAUGUUUAACUUUUCUUUCGAACACAGAUCAACAAUGAAAACCAACGAGGGAAUAUUAAUAAAUUAUGAGAAAGAGGUAACAAGUGAAUUCAAAAAGAUUUUCAAGAAAAUUCUAAAUAUACCAACUCGAAUAAAAAAGGGGAAGUCAUAAUAUUUCCAUAGUAGAGCAAUAUUUAGAAGAGUUUUCCUAAGAGGUGGUUAGAGUGGCGGUCGGAAUGUUAAAAGAAAAAAAAGCAUCUGGAGAAGAUGCAAUAAUAUCAAAAUUUAAAAAGAAAGAAGGAAAUACUAAUGAAUAACUUAAAACAGCUAAUAAAUCAAACAUGUAGAGAAGAAAUAAUAGUAAAACCAUGGGAGGUGUCGGUACUAUACUUAAUAAAAAAUCGGAUAAAAUAAACUGUCAAAAUUAUAUAGAAAAAUUUCCCUACUUAACACAUCACAGAAAUUUAUCUCGAAUAUUAUCUUAAAUAGAUUAAAACCGUAUGCUAAAGAGAAAUAAUAAUAUUUUCAUUAGAAUAGAGUAGAGCUACUUAUUUCCUUAAUAGUCAACAAACAUUUUUUUUUUUUAAAUCUAUACUUUUUGAAAUAUCGAAGUGUAGUCACUUAAAUGUAUUAUCCUAUACAUCACUACACUGCUUUUAUAGGAAAUUUGAAUUUGUCUACUAAUUUUCAUUUUAAAAAUGUGUUUAGGUUUUAUACACAAGUUUAGCCGGAAACUCAUUUUUUAACUUCGUAAAUUCAUAAUAUAUAUUAAACUAUAUAGUAGGUGAAUAAUAAAACUAUUUCAAAAAUGUUGUCAUAAUAUAAAUUGAACUUAUAUAAUAUAGUUUAUCAUGUAUACGAGCAUUUAAAGUUUAAAGCAUCCAAGAAAUGUAUAGAUAAAAUGCACAAGGUAUUUUCCUUCCCCGUCUCUCAAAUUAUCAAAACUUUAAAUUGUUAUAAAUAAUAAAAUAGUGGCUUAAUAUUCGAUGGUUUCGUGUAAAGCAUUAAAGCCUGCUUUCCGAGGAUAUGGAAUUAAAAAUAUACAUUUCCAUUAAACAAAGUAGGAUAUAAAAUCUUCAAAAUGAAAAUACUUAAAAAUAUAUAUAUUUAUAAUAUCUCCUUCAUUAAAAUAUUAUACAUGAGGAACGUACGUGAAAUAAUAUAUAGAAAAAAAAAUCAAAAAUUCUGAACUUUCUACCAUAAAAAGGUGUACUUAAUAUAUACAUAUUAUAAAAAAAAAUAAAACAAGUCUAUAUAAAUUUAAUUUAUUAACCGUAUAUUGAGUAUUGAUAGUAUGUGAUAACAAGAAAAUCGUUACUCGUCGAGUGCAUGAAAAACGUCAAGUUAAUCGGAACACAUGAUAAAUUGGGUGAAAAUAGAUCACACGUUUAGAAAGAUCCUUCUUCACAAGCAAAUUUUAACAAACAUAAUUAUAUAACAAACGUGGUAAAAAGAAGAUUAUCGUCCAAUGUAUAUAUUAUAUAUAUAUAUAUUUUUUUUUUUGGUAAAAAUUGCAAUAAUUGAAUAUUAUGGUCAAGUUUCGAAGCAACAAAAUUAUAAGGACAACAGUACGUGCAAUCAUCACAAUAAUAAUGAUAUACCAUUAACUUAACAAGUAUAUAUAUAUAUUUUUUUUUAUACGUGUAUUUCAAUAUUAUAUGCACAACGUGCAACUUUCGACUAUUCCAAAUAAUGCAAUACUGAAUAUGGCCAGUACGCGAGGAAGAUAAAAAUAUGUCUUACUUGCACGUCACGUCUGCAGUAUUGGCCGUAGGUCGUGUGUUUACCUUUUUUUUUAAAAUUUUAUUUUAACCCGAUGCAAGACGGUAUGUAAGCUAGUCAAAUUUCGGGCGGAGGGUGUGAGGGAGAAGGACGAAAAACUAAUGGGUGGACCGGAAAGAAAUACGGAGACCGAAGGAGUGAAAGACAAUGAAUCAAAAAUAUUCCAGUUUAAGUCAAAAAAGUCGAUCGACAACUUUUCACGCCCCUCGGAUUCAAUCUGAAUAGAAAUUAGUUUAUUCUUUUAUUUUCCACGCGCAUAUAAAUAUACAUACGAUUUAUUAUUAUACACUUUUGGAAACCUUAAAAGUUAGCGACGCCGGUAAAACUUUUACCAAUAACGAUCGUAGAGGACAUAUUUUUAUUCGUUUUAAGGCCAGAAAACCUAUAUAAUAAUGUAUCGAAAUAAAAUUAUUCUAAUUUUUUCUUUUCUUUUUUUUUACCUAAACGGAAGAAAAACUUAUUUUUUUUUUUAUGUUUGAGAUGGAUGUAACUGAUAAUUUAUUUCUAUUUUGUAACAGAUUUCGACAAAACUAUUUUGCUCAAUAUAUUGUGUUGGCCUAAUAUUGUAUAAAAUGAUCAGUGUGACUUAUACGUUUCAAUGUUUAAAAAUUUAAACGACACUAAUAUAAUAAUUGUAUUAAAGCAAAAAGGAACAAUAAAUUAUAAUUCAUUUCAUUUACAUAAUAUAAGGUAAUAUUAUAAUAAUAUUAAUUCAAUCCAAACUCGACACAACAAUCAAUUGUCAAAUUUUCGCCGAAAAUAAGAACUAUUGUCUAUUUCGCUGUAUUGUAUCUGUUUUCCUACUACUUUUGGACCUUUCUAGUGGUUUAAAUUUUAACAUGAACUUAAUGAUGUUCUUGCAGGGGAGGGGAAAUUUUCAGUUUUUUAUACCCCUAUAGACUCUCCAAAUAAAAUCAGGGGAUGAAAUUGUGUACAUACGAGUACAUAUUAUCACGUAUGUACAUUUUGGGAAUUUCAAAUUUUACCCCCACCCCCUUGCCACUACCAUUUUCAAAUUUCAGUUAGGAGAGAAAUUCAAAGUAAGUAUAUCUGUAUCAAAAAAUAAAUCAUUGCUUACGAACAACGAUUCUGGGCGGUGUUUGGUUGUACGUGUUUUGAAAGGCGAUAAUAUUUACGAUUUGAAAGUAAUACAUUUUGUAAAUUUUCCCGUUUUUCUUAAUUUUUGCUAUUUAUUAUGUAAACACCUGGGAAAAUCAAAAAUGGCCUCCCUGAAAUAAAAAAAAAAAACAACAUCAUUUGUAAAACCAAUAAAUUCCUCGCGCGAUUCAAAAUCUAAAAUUGAACACAUUUCAAAAAAAUUUGCGUACUCGACCAAUCGAGAUUCUGGUUUAAAUAAACGAUUUAUCAUUUUUUUAAAUUAAUAUCGAUACUAUUAACAUAAUGAAAGACGCCACAUCACGUAUCGGCGAUGAAGUCAGAAAACCCGUAUGUUCUGCAAGUACCAAAGUAGGUAGACCUAUAAGGAUAUAAAUAAUAUUAUACGAGACUUAUUAAAUUUAAAUGUCAUCGAACGAACUAUAUUGUAGGUACGUGUUUUGGAACCCCUUUUGACACUGAGACGUUUUUGAGGGAACUGUCUAUUCUAUAUAUAACCUGUAUACGGUAAUGCGUAUUUGGCUUCUGUCACAGGUUAUUUAAAGUGCUUAUACGCUGCCGUCCCCAUACACAUAUAGCCAGCCAACGGUAUACCUUAUCUGUUUCUGUGACUGCUUGCCUGCCAGCCUACUUAUCCCCUUUGACCGCACAUCCCUCUCGGUCGCCUUUGUGAGAAACUGCAGUGUAUAUCCAUAUGUAUACGUAUACCUGCAUAUAUACUCGUUUCGGUUAAUUUACCCCACUGGCUCUUACUUCUAAAUUGUCUUGUUUAAAUAUAUUCGCAUCCCUGCAGCGCGUAUAUUCCUUCCAUUUUGAAAUUACCACCAAACACACUAUACUACACAACAAUAUAAUAUUGCUCUAUAUAUACACUCUGUUUAAUUUAUUAUUUCGUGUAUAUAAUGUUUAUUGUUCUUUGGGCGUUUUAACUGUGCCCCCUUUUUUUAUAUUAAGUUUAGGUGGGUACGUAUUUUUGUAUACAUGUAUAUAUCUAUAAACAACGAUAAACCAUUGCUAACGAAAAACGAUUUUAAUAAUAUUUACAAUUUUCCUCAAAAUUUAAUAUUAAAACUUUUAUAAAAAAAAAAUACCACAUUACUCUCGAAUUUUUUUUUUUUUUGGACCAGCAAGUACAACCUAUAAUGUGAACCUCCUGUUCAAUUUUCACGCAUUUAUGUUUGGUCAAACAAUGUCAAUAACUGUUUCAAUAUUAAUUUUUUUUUUCUUUAUCAAUCAGAUUUUGUAUGAGGACACAUAUGUAGAAAAAAAUUAAAUUUUUAUUUUCAUCCCUUAAUCAUUGAAAAAAUAACUUUAUUUUUCCACUUUUUAACAUUUUUAAAAUUGUCACUAUGUAAAAUGUAUUAUUCUAAAAAUGUUAAUGUAUUUGGUAUACAUCCCACAUCCGAUUAAUACCUAGUUUCUUGGUUAUAAUGGCUUUAAUAUAUAGAAAAUAGUCAUAUAAAUAAUUAAUAUUCAAUAAAAGAUUAGAAAUUACUAUGCUGAUUGUGAUUCCUUGUCGCGUAACGUGUUAUUCUAUUGAAAAUAAAUUAUUUUCACGCCAAUUUUCUAAAAACUAAAACGGCUAUUACUAAGAAACUAAGGACCAAAUUAUAAAUGUAGGACACUGUAUAUUAUAAUAAUAUUAUAACGUGUGACAAUUCAGCAUACUACAGAUCUAUAAUUUCAAAAAUUUUUGAACUACUUGAUUCGCUGAAAUGUGUAUGAAUUACCCGAUUAUAUAACAAUAGUAAUAACUAUGUAUGUAUAUAUCUGUAUGUUAAUUCGAGUCAUAAAACAAUUACUGUAAAAAAGGCGUGAAUUAAAAAUAAAAAUAAAAUAUCUUCUGCAAAAUAUAAAGUACCGAAUUAUUUCUACCCAUUUUUACACGUUUCGUAUACAGAGAACAAAGUAAACACUAGGACUUUAAUUCUCUUUAUACUCGACGGCAGAGACGUAUUUAGGUACGGGAGAGAGGUGUAGAUAGGAGUUUUCCCAUUUCCCCAAUGACCUUAUGAUAAUGUUAUAAUAUAAUAUUCGCCUUAUAGACAUUAAAAUAAAAAAUUACACUCUUCCCGCUAAACAUUGUUGAUUAAAAAAGAAAAAACCUUAACAAUAUGUCACUGCCUAAAACAAAACAAAAAUAAUCGCGAUCUCGAGACUUUUUUAGACGAACGUCGCACGCUAUGAUUUUUAUUAUUAUACCGCUUCAACUAUACCGUUCGCUAUUUAGUAAUAAGUUCCGCUACGAGGUUUUCAAUAUUUAAAAUUAAUACUAUUUAUAUAAUUUUCGAAAAAAUCCAGAGUCACGUUAGGUCAUUUGGAAUAGGAGGCGUCCAUUUUUAAACGCCCCUUCUUAAGAUCUUAUCAGUGGAUGAUUUGACAGAGGGAGUUAAUCCCCUCCAAAUUUGUUGUAUUUACAAUUUUUUUAAAUUCAUAUUUAAUUUCAAUAUUUUACCUUCACCAAAUAAGAUUAUUACUUACUUACGAAAUCUUAUCUAUUCGUAAGUAUACAUUAUACGUUACUACAGAUUGUACUUACGAUCUUCUAAUUACCAAACCAUAUUCAUUGUUACUCUAAGUAAAGCAUUUGAAAAUAAAACAAAGAACAAUGGUUUUAUUAAUUUUAUUUCGAGUUUUAUAUUGAGCCGGGUGUCCCAUACGCCAAAUUCUCUCAUUGCUCCCCUUUAACACGGUUCUGAAAAAAUCGCUGUUUAGUUAGGUAUUUGUCAAAAAUUUAUUUCUUUUUCUAAUUUUAAAAGUAACGUCUCGCAUCUAAUUACGUUUCGUAAAUUUCGUAAACAUUUUUCGUAAGAAAUAUACUAUACUACUAUAAUACUAUAGGCCACCCCCGCGAAAAAAAUAUUCCAUCACGAGAAUGUCUAAAUCCGAAAUUUGGGGCACGGGGCUAUCACAAUCAUGAAUCCAGUUCCGAAUACCGUCGCCUGAUCUAUAUUGAAAUUAAAUUGUUUUAAUUCUCCUGUAAUAUAAAAUGAAAUUAUUUUUUUUCUGUUUAUCUCGGCAGAAGGGUCAUGAGUGCAAGGCGACGAUCAAAUCUAUGGUGCCGGUCCGGCUGAAAUUCGGCGACUGCCGGAGCCGGAAGACGUUUCACCCAAAACGGUGCGGUGGAGCGUGCGCGGCCCAUGUCGAAUGCGCGCCCGAGCUGAGCACCACGGUCAAGGUGGAGUUUCUGUGCCGGAGCCCGGUGGAAGGCCAUGACAGGCUGGACGGCGCCGUACCGGGCGACGAUCUCUGGGAACCGGUCCGCCGGCCGUUUUCGGCUACAGCCGACAACUACGUGCACAGCGUGUACGUGGACGUCGAGUGGAUCGUCAAGUGCACGUGCCGCCGUCGCGUGGACUGA